GAGAGGGGAGGGGAGAGGCGAAGGCGGCGGUUCCCUUCCAAGAGAGGGCCGGGCCACGGGUACAGCAUAACAGAGCCCUGCCCGACUGCGACUUCGUGCUAGGGACGCCGCCCGCCGCGCAUAGCUCCCGCCUGAAACUAUUUCGGUGUCCCGUGCCUUAAGCCCCAGGCGGCAGUGGGACGACGGGUGGGGUGGGAGAGACUUCUGCAGCCGAGCCCCGCGUCCUCUUCGCCCUGCUCCGUCGAAGGGAAACCGCCCUCUCGAGGGCCUUGAGGAUUCAGACAAGCUGUUCUCUCGGAGUUCAGGCUCUUAGGUGGGCGUUGAAACAAAAGGCCAACGCCCUCGAUAGCAGAAAAAUGUGGAGUUCGGCUGGAAGCGCGCUCUGCAGCAGAGGAAAGUUUCGGAAGAGUCGCGGCGGGUCUCGAAAGAGUCAGAAACCAGGAGGGGAAGGAAAGCAACUCGGGUUUUUCAUUAUCUGCUUCUAAACCACAUGACUCUGGAGUUCUGGGUCCAGAUUAUGGAACCCUUGAGUCUGGCAUCUGUGAAAUGCCAGCUACAGUUUCCUGACUCUUUUGACUCCAGGCCUGUUCCAGAAGUGCACCCGCCCUAUGCUAUUUGGCUCAUACUUGCUUGACUCACCGCACCCAUCUUGUGUACUCACUCAUCUGCUCCUUCCCCAUAGGGCUGGAAUAGGCUCCUGGUUCUUUAUUCCAUUCAGUGGUGUGAGUGUAUAUAUGGGAGGAAGAAGGAACUUAGGUUUGAUUUAGCUCUGUGUCCUGAAAGAAGCUGUAGGCUAGUCCAGAUCAUGACCAAUGCUCAAGCUUGGUGCUUCCAAAAAUCCAGUAAUUCACCUAGGCAUGAAGAACUGGAGUUUGAGCACCAAUAUUUAACAAAUAAGCAUUGGGCCAGCUCAGGGCUAUUGAAGUAAACCACUUGAUAUGCAUUACAUUUUAUCAAAAUACAUGCACAGACAUAAUGAGAAAAAAUUAUCCUUUUCAAGUUCAGUAGUAAACAAAAGUGGAUAGGUGAGUAUCUGCACCUAUCUUCAUGGGUUUUCAGAAAUUGCUGUUUGUCAGGAUCUCCUGCCUAGUGUAUUGUUUUUAUCUCUUAUCUUAAUUCUUAAGUUUUUGUUAUAUGCUGCCACUUUCCCAAGCAGUUAAAAAUUCUAUGGGCAAGGUUUAGUUUCCUUUGGAUGAGAGAAGCAAAAGAGGCACUCUUCCAAAGGCAGCAUCAGAGAUAACAACUGUACCUCAGGGAUGCUUCAGCCAAUUCACAAUCUCUGACUAGUAUCCCAGCUGAAACUGCAAAUCUGCCUUUAGCUGACUCUCAGCCUACUUCUUGUCUGGGGUGUAUUAUCUUCUAAACUCGUAUUACUUUCUAAAUCUAAAGGGUGGAUUUCAGGCCACCAGGAAGGCAUCCACAUUCAUUAAGAAACAAAAAGACUAUUCUGCCAAGGCCCUAACUUCCAUCAGAGACCACUUAAAGCAAAACCAAAGUAGUAAUCAAGAUGAGGCAAUUACAGAAAGAGAAAGAGAGGGGAAACUGCUAAGCAACAUCAUGAUAGCUGGUUUUUUGAGAAUUCUACUGGUCAGGAGGAUAGCCUACCUCAUUCUCCAGUUCCAAAGUAGCCGAGCAAGACAAUGCUCAUGAGUUUCAUGGCUUGUGAGAAAUUGCUACCGUAGGAUCUUUUGCCUGGGGCAUUAUUUGCCUUUCCGGUCCAGGUGAACCAAACCAGGAUAGUUGUUGUGAAGUAGCCCUGCUUGUCAGUAUUUCUGUCUAGACAAUAGCUGCUGCUCCAGUCCAAAAAUAACAAAUCUAGAUAGGAUGCACUUGUACUGGUUUUACAGCUGGUCAUAAAUAAAAAUGUUUCAGGAUCUGUUAAGAUGCUCUCUCUCAGACUAUGCGUAGCAACCAUCACAGCUGGUAUUUGUUCAUUUGCUUUACUUGUUAGGAUUUCCUGUAUUAGCUCUAGGUAUUGCAAAAUCAUAUAGAACAUACUAUGACGGUUUAUGAUUUGAUAGGAACUGCUAUCUGUAAAGAUCUGUUGCUGGAAACUCAGCUUGCCUUUCUGUUGCAUAGAAAAUAAUAUAAAAAACACCCUGUCUCAGUAUCUUUCUGUGGGACAGUAGCUUAUUCUCUAGUAGUUCAAACAUUGCAAAAAGACAGUGGCUGUCCUGGCCACUAAAACACACAAAAAGAGACCUUUUUUUUGGUCAGCAAAACUUUAUUCAGGCAAAUAACAGUACUGUCUCAGCAGCAGACACAAGGCUUAGGUGUCGUGGUUCAGAAGUUCAAGAGCAGAGCAAGAAGUUCAGAAUGGGACAGUAGCAACAAAGAUCUCUCAACUUUCCAUGUCCUGUUCACCAAGCUUUUAAAGAUGAGGCAUGGCACACUCACUUGCCUUGUGGAAAUCUUGGGACUGCUCCUUGGGGUCUGAUCCCAUGUGUGAAGGUGAGGCCCAAUUCUAGGCAACAAGACAGCACCUUCCUGCUACUCACAGCUCACUCUUCCCUUGGCUGUUCCAAUACCUCCCCAAGCUCUAACGAGGCUUUCCAUUUGGCAGGAAAGUUGGGGAGGAGAGCUGGCACCUUGCUCCCCCUUCUGAAGGGGCUCAAACUGGGGUGGAAAGGGGAGAUCUCCUCACGCCUCCAGCCCAGGUUCCCAUCCUUCAGUUCUCCUGUUUAUUCCUCCUCCUGCAUCAGGGCCUGCCAAUCUAAACCUGAUCCCAACAUCACUGCAAGGCUCAUGGGGUCACUUGUGCCAGUCUCGUGGAUUAACAAAAAUUGAUAUAUGUUUGAAUUCUGGAACAGAAUCUGCCUUUUUGGUCCACAUAUAACAAAAUAAUAAAGCUGGUUUUCAAAUCAAAAAACAGUAAAUCAGUAUCACCUUGUUAAUUUGUAGAAACACCAUGUGUGUGAUAUGUGGGAAAUUGCAUGCUGUGAGAAAUUAUUUAACUUAGUUUCAUACAAAGAACAUUAACUGUAGGUAUACCAUAUAAUGAUAGCAGGUUUAAAAACAGCACUGUAACGUUAUUGUCAGGAUGUCCUACCUUUUCAUUUGUACUUUCUCUGGUCCACAUUUUAGGGAGAAUGCCUGCAUUAGGCUUAUGAAUAGCAAGACGUAAUUACAUGCACAGAUCUCCCACGUGCAAGGUUGGUUAUUUUUUAUUUUUUUUAACCAAACAACCAACUAUUUGUCAGGACCUCCCAUCUGUUUAGAAACUAAUUAUUUAGUUCAGGGGUACCAAAACUAUAUUAAGUUCAUUUGAUUCCCUUUCUUGGGAGUAGCAAAGAAUGAUACCUAGCUUUCAGAAAGUUUUGCUUGUCACAUUGUUGUGUCUGAACUUCUGCUUUCUCUUAAAUUCAGUGGCUUGCUUGUGCUUUUCUCAUAAGGGUCUGUGACAUAAUGCAUGUUGUGGGCCUUACCUGAAACACAAUCUGCUUCUCCAAUCACAAUAUAGCAAAAUAUCAUAGCUGGUUUUUAUUUUAUUUUUUUAAUUUUCAGGAUCUUCAGUAUUUGUACCAGUUUAGAAGUAGCAAAGCUAAGUAAGAUCUGCCUGUGGUAAUCUUAUGGGUUAUGGUAAACUGCUAUAUGUCAGAAUCUCUAAUAGCAAAUUAGAGUUACAGUGGCUCUAUAGCCAACAUAUAGCUAUUGAGAAACAAGAAGGAAGUAUCAGCAUGCUCAGAAAACCCCAAAGUUUGCAGAAGUAAAAAUCUUUAAGAAAAAAUACUAAAGGAGCAAAAAAACUGCCUCCCACAAUACAGACCCAGAAAGACUGAGCAUGUGCUUAGUGGCCAUUGAAAGUUUUAAAAUUUACUAGAUUUGAAUAGUGCAGUAAAAAUAGGUUAAAAAUGGGUUGGCACAUCCAUUUACAAAAGAGGAGGAAAAGGGGCCCUGCUUUGUCUUGGGAUCUUGAAGACUGACUAACUGAAAAUUGGCCACAUCUCUGUUAGUCGUAUCAUCAUUAUUCCCUGCACCUCUGCACUCCAGGUCUAUGCUAAGCACAUGUUUGCAGCUGGUUUUGUUUGCUCAUAUGUUCAAAACUAUGCUGGUUGCAUUGCUUGAGCUGCUGGGGUUAUAUCUAGCUAGAUAGGGUACAUGCACAUUUUUUAAAAAGAAAAGUUUUUUGAUAUGCCAGAUUUGCAAAAAAGCAUUAAAUAAUUUUAGAUUGUCUGCUGCUUCAAGCCAGACAACAAUUUGGAACCACACACAUGAAGACUGCCACUUCCUUUCACCCUCUGUUCCUUUCCCACCUGAAUCUGCAAGGAUAAACUUUAGUUCUAAAACAGUUGUUUGAGGAAGAGUUCUGUGCAAAAGGGUGUUUUAUUUUUUAUUUUAAAUGACAUUUUUGCUGGUAGCUGCUUGUUUAGUAAUAGCUAAUUGUUUGCAUUCUGCAACAGGCCUGUCAAUAGACUCCUUAUAUGUUCAAGUGCAGUCUGCUGCUCUGUCUUAGAAACUGACCAGCCAGAUCCAGGCAACCAUACAGAUGAUGAGCCCUUUAUCGUUUUAGAACACCUGGCACCUAUCUUUUCAUCUUCCAGGAUCCUACAAUUUCAAUCUCUGUGUGCUCAUCUGAGAGUGAAACCCAUUAAACAAUGGGAUUCACUUCAGAAUAAGAGUGCAUGAUUGGAUUGUUCUCUUUCCACUGUUGGCCUAUCUCUGCUAUUCAUCAAAUUCUUUAUCAUCUUGCUUGUGUACUGUGUACUGCAUAUGAAACAAUGUACCACAGGGCAAGUUACUGCAGUUGUAUGUUGUUGCUGUAUUUACAUGAAAACUUAUAAAAAUUAUUUUGGGGGGAAAUUCUUGAUCAUUUUUCCUCCCUUGCUCAUCUAGUGUUGAUGCAGCCCUUUAACGCAGUCUAUGUCACUUUUGUACAGCACCUAAUCUGUCUAAUCAUAAAAUUUAAGGGGAUGUAUAGAUUCUGAAAAUUACCGUGCAUGUAACCAUAACCAAGGAACACCGAGUGAAAGUCAGUGGAAGCGUUUAUAGGGUUAUGGUCCGGGGUUGGUGAAAUUCUCUGUCUCUCGCACACAAACAGCGAUAGCUCAAUUUUUCCUCCCACUCACGGCCAAGGACAGAUUCGGACAGGUGGUUUCGACUCUGCGCACGCGCAUAAGCAGGAAGCCUCGCUAGCCUCCCUCCGUCUCUCAUUGGCCCAGCGCCGAACCGUCUCUAAAAGUAGAGCUGGCGCGUAACGAUUCUUCUUCAUCCUUAAAUUCCGCAAGCAGGUGGGAGUAAAUCCAUCUACUUCCGGCAAUAAUCCCGCCCACCAUCCCUCCCGCCCAGUCCCCGUUGGCGCGUGCGCAGUGUCCGCUUCACGGAGAAGCAGUUUGUUUUUUUCGUUAGCUGAUUCGAGCCGAGCGGGGCGUACUCCCUUCUCCUCGCUCUCCUCUCCCGGCGAUGUGGCCGCGCAUGGCGGCGGCGGCGGCGGCAGCGGCGGCAGCAACAGCAGUCGUGGCUCCGGCUCUCGCGUGGGGUUGACCGGCUAGCACUUCUGGCGCGCACCAAGAUGGCGUGUGUGUUGGAGACGCCGCUCCGCAUGAGUGUCUUGUCGGUGAGUGGAGGCCUGGGGCGGCGCGGCAACGGCGGCAGCCGCCGAUCCUGGGGAAGGGAGUGAGGCGUGGCGAGGCUUCCGCGGGACGGCUCUCCCUUACCUCGGCCUGGAGGCGGCGGGUCCGGCCGUGCGGUGCCUGGCGGGGCGAGCGAGGGACUGCCUCCUUAGGUUGCCCGCCGCGGGUCCCGCCCUCGCUGGUUGCCCGUCCCGUCCUCGCCCUCGCCUCCCCCCGCGGCCUCGUCUUCGCACUGGCUCCCUUUCCCCUUGGCGGACGUCCGUGGGAAGGAGAGGGCGGCCGGGGGUGGGAGAGAGGGCUCCUCGGAGGGAGGGCGACGGCUAGCCGUGCCGCGUCAGACCACUUCUGCGUUUAAUCCCUGCUCAGAUGUCACAGGCAUGAUGGCAACCGGCCUCGUUGGAUUCUUGUGGGAGUGAAUAGCUUUCCCAGCCGCAUUCUUUUCCUCUGCUACUUAUGGCCUUGCAUGGUUAUUACUACUUUUUAAUUUUUACUGUACUAUUUCACAACGCACAAAGGAAGUCCCCCAUUGCAACGCGAUUGUACCUUCCAAAUGUAGCAUUUUUCAACGCACACUCUGCCUUCGUGUUCUCUUGCCCAUGUGCCAGGUUCAUGAAGGUCCUGCUGCAGCUGUCCAGUCUUUAGUGGAGGUGUACUGUGUGACUUAGGCAUCAUUGCAAACUUGGCCACUUAACUUGUUGGACUUGUAUGUCCAGAUCUUUUAAAGAAAAAGUUUGUUCCAGUUUCAGUAUCCAUCCAUAGGGAUGCUGCCUUUGUACAAAAACUGGCAGUUCCUCCUACUUUCACCCUGAGAAGAGAAAGUAGCUACAUGUUCUGUUGCUUGUUGAACCUUAUGCACAGGAAGUGAGUUGCGGUUAAAACCGAUAGAAAUGAAUGAAUUUAAACUAACUUACCUGGAUUGAGGCUUGUAUACAAGCUUUCUUUCAACUCACCCAAGUAAGAAACUGAAUUGAAAUUUUUGAUUACAUUUGCCAGGGGCUGUGUCAACUUCUGUCAGCUUGUUCUGUUCAAUCCUGGUAUGCUGUCUCUUGCUUGUGUGGACUCAUUUAUGAUUCCAUUCUCAUUCCCUGGCAGCAGUCAGGCUUGAUUACAAAUCAUAUCAAAGUUUUUUACUCUUCUGACAAAAUGCUAGAAUUCUCUAGGAUCUCCCUCUUGAAUUAGAUUGGGACAGAAAGCAUUGCCUAGUUUGGUAGAAGAAAAAUAUUUCUUAAUUGCAGAAAAGGGUUAUUACCUAAUGUAGUGAUCUUAACUUCAUUUUGAUAGUUCUGAUGUGUAAAACAAUGCUUGAUCCAAGCUAAAAACCAGGGCAGUCAAGUUGAACAAACUUUGUAAAGUUUUUAAACUUAGUGUCUCAUAGUUUUUCUAUGAUCUAGUUGAGAUUCCUGCAUUCCUGCAUUGCAAGGGGUUGGACUAGCUGAGCCUUGGAGGUCCUUCAAACUCUGAUUCUAUGAUUCUCUAUCUGGAUGGUGAAACCCUACAAUAAGAGCAGUUUGCACAACAUUCCACAUCUCCUGCAAGAUGUCACGGGGUGGUACAGUUUACAAAGUGUUAAUUGCACUAAACUUGUUAGUCUCUGAGAUGCUGUACACUUUGUUGCUUGAGACUAUUGCAGAUCUUCUAUUUACUUGAUGCUUUUUCACUUCUGGCAAUCUUGGUACAUAUCUCUUGGUUCCAGCAAAAAUGAGCCAUCAUUUACAAAUUGCUACCUUAGACAGAUGGAGGCCCUAAAAGUUGCAGACAAGUAUAAUUCAGGUAUUCAUAUAGCCACCUUUACAGGUAAGUAUCAGCUGCAGAGAAAUAAAUAAAAGCUUAAGUUGAAUUAUGGGCAGUUUUUAUUAAUGCUAAACUUAAUAGUGCUGCUUUUUCUGUCAAAAGCUUUUUGUAAACAAUAUCUAUAAAACACCUAUCUGCAUUGAAUAGGCUGGUUUCUGUCUCCCUCUCUCUAUUUUGAAGUCUUAUCCAUCAAGGUUGAGCUUGUUGGUCAGUUAUUGGGAGAACUGGAUACCUAAUUAAGUUCCCCACAUAGAUAGAGAACUGCUACUUGGAUUAAAAGAUUUGGAGAAAAUCUCUUCUGCUGCUGCAUCCUAAGUUUUCUGGAUAGUUCCACCUCAGAAUCCUGGCAGAACCUUUUAUCUUUUCUUCCUGCUGCAUAGCAACAAAUUGGAAGUCUAGAAGCAUUGUGGUGGCACUCCUUCCACUAUGAGAUUGUCUGCAUUCCUGUGGAUCUUGCUCCUCCACCAUAGGUGACAGGAAUGAGAAUCGGGGUGAGGGUGUCUCCCCAUUUUCUCUCUAGGCUCUGUUAUUACAAUAUGGGAUUAAAUGACUAUUCAGUAUGUUGGCUGCCCCAAGAUGAGAGAGCCUGUUGGUGGAACCAGUCUCUCUCUCACCCCCACCUCCACAGGGUGAGAGAUGGCAGGGGAGUGCAUAUACCCUAGGUAAGAGAUAGGGUUGACUUGCUUGUUGGAAAAGCAGUAUACAAAUAUUAAAUAAAAUUAAAAGAGCACUUUGAUUUUAGGAGUGAAUGGGCUCAUGUAUGUAAUAACCCAAUAAAAUCAGAUUCAUAGGCAGCAGCACCAAAUGCUGAAGUGCUAGCUCUAGCAAGCACUGGAAAAUAUUUUAAAUUUGUAAUGCCAGCUUCAGAGUUUUCCAGUUGCUUCAGUCAUCAAAUGUCCCAUUCUAGUUCAUGGCACCUGAAAAGGGAGAUGCACCCUGGUAUAUGUACAGGUAAUGGUCAGACUUAGUGUGUGAGAGAUAAUAAAUAAAGAAGAUGAUGGAGUUGGAGAUACAGCAUGCUGAAUUCAGUAGCCAACUCCUCUGCUCAUGCUUGGUCUUGAAAGUAUAUAUAUGAGAGCCAUGUGCAUAUUAAUUAUGAAAGGAGAAAGUUAUUUCCGCAUUAACGUUUUGUCCAGAAUCUUUAAUUUCUUGGCAAAGAGAUCUAGUCAUUUGUUGGGGAAAUCGCUGGGUUUUAAGUGAAACUGGAGCAUAAUCUGUAUGCUGUUGGCCAAUGGCUUUAAACUGUGUUCUGUGGAAACCCUCCAGAACUUAUCUCAGAUUCCUAUGGGAAGAUCAGCAAGAAAAAGAUUGCCAGCCAUAGGGCUGUGCAAGAAAUCGCUGAUAUUGAAAUGGCAUUGAAAUUAUAUCCUGAUAAGUGUUUCAACAAGGCAAUAUACCUGUGAACAAAAGGUGGAGACUUGACAGCUUCCCAGGGGGUAGCUCAGCUGAAUGAAUACUUCGCAGGUACUUUGCAGGCACCAGCUCUUCUGUUUUGUUUGCUCCUCUCUCUCCUCCCUCCCUCCAAAGCCCUCCCACAAACCAGCAAACUCUAUCUUUCACACUGUCUCUCCUUGCUUUGUUUGCCCUCCCCUCGCUGAGAAAUAAGGACAGUGCCUGUCUGCAGCCAAUUUACCUGUAACCCCUUGCAAGCACACAAACCAACUCUUUAAGCCAGGGGUCGGCAACCUAAAGCCCAUGGGCCACAAGCGGCCCACGGGGGUCAUUUAACCAGCCCCUGAGCCACUCCCGAACCGAGCCGCCCGCUCAGUGAGUUCCCGUGCACUGUGCUAAACUGGCGCAGUGCAGCGUGGGUACUCACUUCUGCGGCGCCAGAAAUCGUAUCUGCGCAGAUGCCGGAAAUUGCAGGUGCACACAAUCCAGCCCAGGGAGUGAUCUCUGCUGCAGUGAACCGGCCCAGGCGAGGUAAACCUUGCAACCCCUGCUUUAAGCCUAACUUCCUCCUCUCACCCAAAAGAGCCCAGCUAAUUAUGCAGAGCCUGCUAACAAUCCAGGAGGAACUAAAGUGCAAUCUUCUACAUGUUUGCUUAGAACAAGUUGCUUGGAUUUGUAGGAUUUCCAUCUGACUAUACAUAUGUAGAAUCUGACUGGAAUUCAAAUAAGCUAAGAAAUGUUGACAGUCUUAAUAUCAAACUAGGGGUUUAAAAAAUCAGCAAAAAAGCAGGUUACAACGUUAUUUCUCUGCAGAGCAAAAUGUGUUUAAGAUGCUGGAAAUACUUAUGCACAUUCUGAAACUAGUUCUUCAUAUCUAUUCUGUGAACUUGGAAAGUACGCAUAGGGGAUGUUUUUAAAAGGGCUUCAGUUGAACAGUAGCUCACUAGUGGAUGAUGUUCAUCUAAUACAUCUGAAAGCAAUAUCUGACUAUUUCUGAUAAUUGCUUAUAACUAAGCAUGGCUCCUGAGGUCUAUAGUGCUUGUGCUUAAACUGGCAUAGGUUUAUAUUUCUUACAGGAAUUAUUGUUAAGCAUAAUGGUUUAUUUCAGUGCCAAGAAUCAAAACAUGCUCACUAAUGUAUUUAUAAAUGGGCUGAUAUGCAACACUGUGAGCAGAAUUCCUGUCCUCCCUUGAAGCCCCCUACUAGGUUGGUGUGUGAGGUCUGUACCUGGGAAGAGAGGGAGGGGAAGUUUUGUGAGGUGUUCUGAGCUCACAUUUGUUGGAAAAUUCAUACAAAAUACUAAAUUAUAUCAGUGUGUUAGCUUCCUAUGUACUAUUGCUUCCUUGAGUAUUUAAUUUUAGAAUGCUAAAUGUCUGUAAAUGUCUUUGCUUCCAGGAAGUCACGGCUAGCAGUCGCCACUAUGUUGACAGAUUAUUUGAUCCUGAUCCCCAAAAUGUCCUGCAGGGUGUCAUGUAAGUAAUAUCUACUUGUAUGUUAUCUUGCCAUUAGUUCUGUGGGUUUGUGUGAAGCUUUUCCAGAGCUUGCUUUUACAGGUGUAUAGCUGUGCAUCACUUACUUGAAGUGUUACUGAUGAAAUAUAUUUUGAUACUACCUUCAUGUAGAAUAGGUAACAAUUCUCUUCUUUACUAAGGCUGCAGUACCGACUGCAUUGAAGUCAGAGGUAUUUACUUUUGAGUAGAUAUGGUUAGGAUAACACUGUUAAUCUUUUUCUUUUGAUAGUAUGAAGGUCUCUAAGUUGCUUUCUGAACUGUAUUUAUUACUUUAUCUUCCAAGCCUGAUAUAAAUCUCCUUCUUUGCUGUCCCAUGCUAGUACUCACAUGCACUUGGGAUGAGAAUCCCUACAUAGAAUAUUUUAAAAUACAGACACACUUAUUGCACUUUGCAAUAUAGAUGCAGCCGUAAGCAGCCUGGCCAUUUCCAGGGGAAGAAAGCCCCCCACUGCCGGCCCUCUUCUAGCCACAGGAGUGGAGCUGGCUAGGGCUGGAGCCAGGUUUUCCUCCUCCUGCCUCUGCAGCUAGGGGGGCCUGGCUUACAAUAGUGUAAGCAUAACUUUUAUAUGCACUGAGAAACAAAAAAACAAAAAAAAGCCAUUUGGGACAGGGAGCUCAUAUAUUUGACACUCACACAGGAUCCUUCUCAUAAUGCUAAACUGAUUCAGCAUACAGUCCAAAUGAGGCCAAUGAGGUAAGACUCUGGUGUUGAAUUUGGAGACUCUGAUUUAUGAAAUUGAUUAUUAUAAAUAAUAUACUAGCACAGUUCAGACACAAGAAGGAAACUAUGGUUUCUUCCUCUGUUGUGAAUUUGAUAUGGCAGGCCUCAAGCUUUAGCAUCUCUUUCACAUGUCAGAGAAGGAGAAACUAUUCUUGUAUUCUUUUCUUAUACCCUCCAAAUCAUGUGCUCAGCAAUUUGUUUGGCUCUCAGAGUUUGAUAUUUAUGACUCUAGAAGCCAAGCAUCAUCUUGGUAAAACAACAUUGCCUAGUAUCCACUAGUCCUUGCUUCUGGAAAGGUCUGGAUGCUUAGGACUGUGUCCAGUGCUGCAACUCUGCUGGUGCGACUGACUUUUCUGUGUUCUGUGGAGCUUCCUCUUCCUCUUUUGUCACCUUCAUCCCCUUGCACUCUGAAGAUAAGUGCUCCAGUGUUAGGAACGACCUAGAACAGAUUUUGAAGACCCCAGCCAGGGCGGGGGGCAGGAAUACAGAAGUCCUUUUUCAGCAGCAGAACCCCACAGGUGCAGCAUUGGCCAGAAAGAUUAAACUUCAAGUAAACGAUCUUUAAGAAGAUAGAAUUUUUCAUGCUGCAUGACCAUGGAGGGUCUGGAUUAUACUUGUAGGUUGUACAAAGAUGCUUCUUAGUAGCAAACCAAUGUAUAUUUAUUUAAACUAUUUUUAUUCAGUUCUUCAGCCAAAAAAGGCUCCCAGAGUGGCUUACAAAUAUCAGCAAUAAAACAGUUCCUUCUCUCAGUCUUGCAACCUAAAGGGCAUGACACACAAGGAAAGGCAAUUGGGAGGGAAGGGGGGUGGAAGCUAAUUCUGCCACCAUUUGUUAGUUAGCAUUCUUUUAGUAACCAUCUGAAUUGGAAAGAUUUCAGUGAGAGGUUGAAACAAAAGUUGAUGGUCUUUUCAGAACAAGAAAAGUAAACCAGGAAAAUAAAUUUCUCAAUUUGAUUCUUUCACUGAUCUGUUAAAAAAUAAUCUCACUCCUGCAAAUAGCACUAUUACACAAAGGAGGAAAACUAAUAGCAUAUGUGACUGAGGAUACUAUGUCCCCCCACAUGAUUUGACCCAUAGCUUUCAAAUGAGUAAUGCUUUCGAACCAUUCCAUGAGCUUUGCUGUGAUAGGCCAACUCCAUCAGUCCUCUCCCCUCAACUGUCACUGUUUGGGGCAGCCAUUCCAUUGGGCAGCCUAAGUGGAAGCAAUAGGCUCAUUCCAUCAACUUUGCUGGAGGUCCAGCUCCAUCAAACACCUUCUGCCCCUGAAAUUUGCCAGGAACAACUGUUUAGAAAUUGGUGCCUGAGUUUGAUUUUGAUUUUCCUCUUCUUUCCCUGUUCAUUGCCUAUGUGUGUUGUGGUGUUUUUUUUAGAUUGGAAGCCCAUGAGUAGGGACUGUCUUAUUGGAUUGUAUGUAAACUGGGAGCCUUUUUGGCUGAAGAGUGAGGUACAAAUGCCCUAAAAUAUAUAAUCUUCUGACCCUUCUCCAGCUCUUUAUGCAAAUCUCAGAAGAAUUCAAAUGCUCCUCUCCUUCCUAAGCCUUGGACUUUAGGUAGUUACAGCUGUUUUAGUAUAUUAAUCUGUUAGCCAGUUUCUCCAGACACUUUAAAAAGGGAUUAGUGCAUAUACAUCAAAAUAUGUACCUCUGGUAAACUGAUAAUGUAAACUAGUUUUGUGGCAGGUAUGCUGAAAGAAGGUGAUAUUUGUCAGCUUUUGUUGCACUGAAAUGUUUAAUAGGUAUUCUGUGAUUGUCAGUAAAACUGAAUUUCCUACUUUGGAUGGUGGAAGCUGCCCUGUUUGGGAUAUGUGAUAGUUCUGAUAGAUUAAUAAGCAUGCACUAAGUAUAGCUAUCCUAUAAUGAAGAGAUUUAUUUAUAUGGCACUAUUUUUUCACAUCUUACGUGUAACUUUUCUAUAAACUUGGGAGUGUAAUUUCUUAAGACCACCAUGUCUUUUUCUCUAAACACAGAAACAUAUUUGGCAUUUGUUGAGCACUUAUAAGAUUUUGUCCAUAAACAUUUGAAUAAUGCAAUCUUUUCUCUGUUGCCUUUUCUUGUUCUGUGAUGUUGGUCAUAUGUGCGUGUGGAAUUCUGUAUGUUUUAGUGACUUACUGAAUUCCAAAUUGCUAUCCUCAUGUGAAAUUCCAUCUGCAGAAGUAGAAAAAGUCUGAAGUAGAACAAAAAUUGCAGUAUAUUGGGGAAAAAUAUUUCCAUUUUUGAUCUAGAAGAGCAUGUAAUCACUUUCAUGACCAAUGACUUUGUUAAUUAAUUUGUGUAUAUGCCAUACUGCUAUAAAACUAGAAACGUAUUACAUAUGUUAUCAUAUCCCACUUUGUGAUGGAGUAAAAAUGGUGGCCAGCCUUCUUUAAGGUGGAUUAUUGCUCUAAAAUCCUUCCCUUUUGGUUAAGCAAAAUAGCCUUUAGGACACCACUUUGAUUUCACCUACAUUUAGCUGUCUGUGUUCCAAAAACAAAGCAUUUUAACUCUUAAUUGGUCUAGUUGGAACCUUUUGCUCCAAAGAUUUUCAGCUGUGAGCCUUCAGAAGCAGUAUUCAUGUGCCGUACUUGCAAGUGCAUAUGGGCAUAGCUUGACUGGAUCUACAUUCUUUAGGACUGCAAAAUGCUUUGUUUGAAGAUGUCACUUUGGUUUAAAUAUAAUGUUAUGGUUUCACAAGGUGACUACAACUAAUUUUACUUGAGUGGAGCUGUCAAAUUACUUUUUAAGAUGGGAGGAGGGACUGGCAUGGGGAAAGACUAAAAGGAUAUAUUUUAUUGCCAGUAGGUAGAUAUUAGGAAAUGUAUAUUGCAGAUAGGUUUUGUAAUGAAGUUUAUAGCACUGAAUGCAGAAGCAGAUGGCUUCUGUUCACCAUUCUUUAGCAGCACCUGCCUAUAUCUAGUAUGCAUUAAAUGCCUCCAUUUUCUUCACAGAAUGGGGAGGAGUUGGGGGAUGCAUCUCAGUUUGUGCCAGAACUUGCAAUUGUCAUUUUUCUCUUAAACUGUACUUCAUACUUGUGCAAUGCCCAUUCUGGCUUCAUCAGUAAACAGAAUAGAGAUUUCUUGCUAUACUUAGCCAGAUAAAAUUGUGUUUGAUCAUUGGUAAAACUACUGUAUAUCUGUCAGGAGGUCCUACACACAAGUAGGAAUCCGGCAGAGACACAUGCCCGGCUGGCAUGUUCUCUCCCUCCUGGUCAGUCGUUCGGAAGACUCAAAGUCUUUUUCCAGCCCGAACAUCACAGUGGCUGAUGCCUCAGAGGCAUCAGCACACUUCAGGAACAGCAGAGUAUAGGCAGUCAGUGUAACAUACUCAGUAGCUCAGCAUUUUGGCUAAACUACUUUAUUUACAUAUAAUACACUCAGAGCAUUCUAACUCAGCUCCUUCCUCAUCAGCAUCAAACAGGAAAGAGAAAGAACAAAGGACAAAAAUCCUACAUCACGGAAACACAGUAAUAAAAACAUCCUGUCUCCGUCACUUCCCACAAUGUGGAAUGAAAACACACACCGUCAUGUGAUAAAAACAAUCCCAUGAUUGCAACACGGGGAAAGAAUCCUAACAAUAUCUUGGUACUUCCUUCAUCUCCUUUGAUAUUCAGAUCCAGAAUGUAUUUGAUCUUUAUGGACUUCUAUCACAUAGGAAGAAAAGGAACUCAUUCUGGUCACAUGUCUUCCAUGAUCUUCAUGGAACAAGACACAAUUUUUCCUUAGUUAUCUAGGUCCCGGACCCAUAACAAGCUGAGGGUCCCAGAAGCAAAUCCUAUUUUAGCCAUGAACUCAAUAGUUGACUUUGAACGAAGUAAUAUCCAUUGACCUAGUUACAUAUGGUGAGAUACAACUUUGUGAAUGUCCACUCAAGCAACAUGGCUUCUUCUUCCUGCUCCCAGCCCCCUGCAUGCCCCCAGAAUCAGAUUUGGAGGAUUAGUAGACCCUUGAGCAGAUUUUGGGAGUACAUGGGGAGCUGGAGAGGGAAACGAGAAGCUAAAGUCCCAUUGCACAAGUGAAUUUCUGUUGCAUAAGUGGACAGACAUCAUUGAAUGUCACCCAUAAUAUUAUCAGUAUUGUUGCUGUUAUCCAAAAUAUAACAUAUAUAAAUUGUAUAAAAUAGAAUUUUAAAAUUGAAGGAGAUAAAAAUUAAAGCAGUUAAGUGUAAAACUAAUAAAUUUCUCAGCUGACAUCGACAUAUCAACACACCUUCCCAGUUACUGAUACAGUUGUGCAUAAUCUUGCACCUUAUUACAGUGGUACCUUGGGUUAAGAACUUAAUUCGUUCUGGAGGUCCGUUCUUAACCUGAAACUGUUCUUAACCUGAGGCACCACUUUAGCUAAUGGGGUCUCCUGCUGCCGCCGGAGCACGAUUUCUGUUCUCAUCCUGAAGCAAAGUUCUUAACCCGAGGUAUUAUUUCUGGAUUAGCAGAGUGUAACUUGAAGCGUCUGUAACCCGAGGUACCACUGUAUUCUAAAACAAUAUGAAAUUUAUGAUAAUCAAAAGCAUUGUUCUGCUUGCAGCAUGGGAGGUAGUAUGGCUCCAAAGAUCAAUUGCUGGAAAUUACAAUUUUUCAAUUUUGGCUACAACAAUCUCUGGCAUGUCAUGGGCUGAUUUCAGAUUACAGGACUCCCUGCCCAUGUGUUCCCCUUCUGCUGGGAUUCAAAAGUCCCUCUAUAGGUACCAUGUGGUUUGGGGGGCCUCGGUAUCAGGGCGGAUGGGGUGGGAGUGAGGCUAAGAGUAUUGCUAGUGAGUAACAUUACUUUCUCCCCCUGUGGUUGGUGGCCAGGGCUGACCUACUUCAAUGAUAUAAAGCUCAUGACUGUUGCAAAUUAUUCAAAGACUUGCAGUACAGGGCUUACUCUGAGCACAGUGGGACUUCCUUCCAUCAGGCUUUCUCCCUUGAAAGUGUGUUUAGUUUUACAACCUUAAUCUCUUUAAUUCACAACUCUAUGAAAUUUAGCAAUGGCAUGCUAGAAAAUACAUAGUCGUUCAAUUGGAAACUUUAGCACUGUAAUUUUAUUAUUAAAAUAUUUACUUAAAUCUAAAACUGAUGAACUUUUUCUUCCAAUGCAAAGAUGAGAAAGCUUUCAAGUAGGAAACAGUUACUAAGUUAAUGUCAUCAUAAGAGAUCAGUGUCACCUUGGGGAGAUAAAUGGGAUAUCAUAGCUAAAUGUUCAUCUCCUCUUUACUCAAAUGUGUGGAAAGACAGUCACUUGAGCAUUCUUUGUUGCUUCUGCAUAAUAUUUGAAAGGGUAUUUGAAUUGUACUGUCAAUUGUUUUUAGAGGAACAAACGGUGUUGUCGUCCUCUAAAAUUCUUAUUAACAUCAUCACUUUCUUUGGUUCCAAAAGAUUAAUUCCUUUUCGGUAUCAAAUUGACUGAUAAAAAUAUAGAGAGAAGUAGGCAAAUAGCCUUUCUGUAAAUGCAGAAAAGGUAAGAUGAUGAUAGGAAAUAAGUCUACAUUCACUAUGUUUGAAUUGAAGUUGGAAUGAGGAAAUUGCUGUAAGAGACUAGAAAAGGUUUGAGGAGAGUAGCUACAAAGUGUGUGGUGCUGCAUCAUAAAUAUGAUUGAAAGUUGAUGGUUGGCAUAAAGAUUAGCAUCAAGGAAGCUUUGUAUGACUGUAAUUUCCACUGAGGAAAAUAUUUCAGUAUUUCAUUCUACUGUGAUUUUAAAUUCAAGACAAGAUAGGUUCUCAUCUUAUUACAUAUUUCCUUUCCAUUUUUUCAUUGACUGUGCACUGACUCUCUACAUCCUUAUUUUCUUGAUACUGAUAACUGUCCUUGUCAAUUAUUUCUUCAUCUCAGCUCACCCCAGUAUGUGAGAAUGAACAUCUCUGUUAUUUAAAUAACUGGGUCAUAGAAAAAUAUCAGAGAUUCAAAUUGUUACUGAAAGUCGUGGGGACUGUUGCUUGGUUUGUUUGUUUUUUUAGUGCUUAGCUUUUUUAGAGACUAUUGAUUUUGGUGGAACUAAAUUCUGCAAAAUUGAGCCCUUAGUACCUCAGCAUAAUUUACUAGGGUCUUUCUCUUUCUGGAUUUACAGAGAUAUGAAAAAUGCUGUAAUUGGAAACAACAAACAAAAAGCCAACUUGAUUGUUUUGGGAGCAGUUCCAAGGUAUGUCCUCUGCUACUCUCCUUUUCACUGAUUCACAGCAGGUCUCAAGUUAAGCUAUUAAGAUACUGGGACUUUAAUUUGACUGUCUGUCAUUGCAUUUGUCUUUUCUUCACUGUAGCUGAGAUUAGUAUGUCCAGUUCCUAGUAUAAAACUAAUUAUGCAUACACAUUUAUACUACAGAAGUUGGGUUUUAUGGGUGAUACCCACAUUUCUCAGAAAAUACUUUCCCAAACAUACUUGAUUAGUAAAGCCUCUUAAGAUUCAAUGCAAUUUGAAACAGCUUUAAGUUUUCUCUGUAUCCCACUUACCAAAAAUAAGAACUGUAUAACAAAACAUAUAAUUUUUGUAUUUCUGUAAGAUGUUUCAGUUUGGGCUGCAAAGUUUAAUACCUUUUUUAGGUCAUACCACUUUUUUUGUAGCCCUGAAUAAACAUAAGGACUCUGAGACCUGCUGACUGUUAGUCUUGUAUUGCAUCCCUUUUGCAGUUUGUUUAGUAUUCCUAGCUUCAUGUUGCAUUUUAAAACAACAAAAAAACAAACAAGAAUGGGAACUGGUUGAUUUCUUCUGGAAAACCCUUUAGUCAUAAAACAUCAAAAUAGUUGCAUUUCAGUCUGUCUACCUGAUGCUGAUUAUCCCCAUAAUUUUUUGGAACAUUGUUUAGCAUUUUUACUGGUUGGUGUCUUUUUCUUCUACAGUAGUACCUCGGGUUAAGUACUUAAUUCGUUCCGGAGGUCCGUUCUUAACCUGAAACUGUUCUUAACCUGAAGCACCACUUAACCUGAAGCACUAUUUCUGGGUUAGCGGAGUCUGUAACCUGAAGCGUAUGUAACCUGAAGCGUAUGUAACCCGAGGUACCACUGUAUUUUGUGGGUAUUAGAUUUUGCUAUGUACAGUGGUACCUCUGGAUACGAACGGGAUCCCUUCCGGAGCCCCAUUCGCAUCCUGAAGUGAACGCAAUUUGUCACUUCUGCGCAUGCGCGUGAUGUCAUGUCGAGCGCAUGCGCGAGCGGUGAAACCUGGAAGUAACGUGCUCGGUUACUUCCGGGUCACUGCGGAGCGCAACCCAAAAACGCUCAACCCGAAGCUACUUCAACCCGAGGUAUAACUGUAUCCCAUAAAAGUGUAAACAUCAGUUUCAGUAACUGUCAUUUAUAAACAUAAUCAGCAUACCUCAGCUACUUGGUGUAGGCACUUCAUGAAUCUCUCUUAAGUUUUAUGAUAAUUAAAAAAAUAGAUGUUUGAAGACACAUUAGCAUGUAUUUUUAGAUAUGCAAGUUUAACUGAAUUGUGCCUCUUUUCAAUGGAAGACACACAUUUACUAGGCCAUCUUUCAGAAUUUUGUCAGGUUUUGCUGACACUGCCCUCUCUGUAUGAAUUAGAUGUUAUAAUUAAAAAACAAACAUAAUUUCUGCAUAAGGUGGCAUGACUUCUGAAAUCAGCCCAUGUUAAAGUUCCUCUAAUAUCAUUCACUUCAAGAAGGUUUGUUUUGUAAAUUUACCUUCAGACAAGAGUUUGUUUGGAAAUUUUUCAAGACAAACUCUUAAACUAAUAUACUGUAUCACAUGGUGCAGUUUCAAUUUACUUAUAAAAGAAGAAUGCUGCCACUUAGGUUCUUGACUUGUGCUGGGCAAAGGAAAUGUGUACAGCUUAUGGGAUGUUGACUUUUGUUGUAAUCUUCAUGCUUUUCUUUCCUGCUAUAGCAUCACUGUACAGGAGUGCAAUUUCCACAGCCACCACAACUUGAUUCUUUAUGUUGAAUUCUUGUAGCCUUACUAAAACAAAUGCAGUAACCCACUCAUUUAUGUGUACCUCUGUUUUGAUAAAUUGGACAGAAGGUACUGAUGGCUGUUUGUCUGGAAGGAAUUUUGUGUGUCUGAUAACUUUUAUCAGACUGUCAGUGACUAUUUCUUAUGAAUUCUUAGUCACUGAAAACCAGUUUAUAGAAAGGCAGUGUUGUUUGGCAUAACUCAGCUGUGAAUCCAUUGGCAAAUGUAUAUUAAUGUAUAAUACCCUCUAUUUUUUCACUGUUAAUGAUUUAUUGGCUUACCAGAAUAUAAAAGUAAGCCAAUCUGUACAUCAUGAGUCUUCUGGAAAAUCUGUUUUGAAAGUGCUCAGUAUAAGUAUAGUCCCGUAUUUCUAGAGCAGUGAAUUGGGGCUCCACUGUAACGACAUAUGGAAGUAAAGAGGCUGAUAGUGCCCAAGACCCUGAGUUAUGCUGGUUUGAUCAGUCAGUUUCUUCAUAAUCACAACUUCUUUCAUAACCAUUGAGGUUUACUUGGAGCAGACUGGAAGGAGGCUGUUUUUGGAAAUCAUGGCAUCUGUUUGAUCAGAUUUCACUUAAGCUUUUUGACAAAUUAAUGAUGUCUCUAAAUAUUUGGUAGGCUAUGACUUGACUUUUCAGUGAUUGCCAGGUGUGCUCUUCCCUCUUGGAUUGGUGCAUUCCUCAUCCUGCCCACUCAUUGCUAGCUAUGAUUAACAUUGCAUCUGUACAUUGUCAAAUCUUAACCAUACCUACUUCUAUAAUCUUGGUAUCAAACUAUGUUUAAUAUUGCACGGUGCAGAUUUAGCGCUAAGAAGGCAAAAGAAUCAUGCAAUGCUGAGGAAGGGUAGUACGUGAGCCUCAGGUAUGCAUCCUGUCUCUUACCCAUAAUUAAGAGAUCUGGAAGUGUUAGUCUGCAGUGAGCUAUAUUGAAAUGUAGUUUUAAUCCCACUCUAGAACUUCUAGAGAUUCUUCUGUUGCUGUUGAACCAGACAUAGCUAGAAUCAGGCACUCCUAGCCACUGAGGUCAGCCUCAAGGGACAGUAUUGGAGCCAGGAGUACCCCUAAGCUAUGAUUAUGUUGCUUCCAGGGGCAUACAACUGCAUCCAGAACAGGCCGUCUUUCCACCUAGUUUCAGUUUGUUGGGCCAUUUCUCACCCAUCACUGCCUGCAAACACCUGUCUGGCACCUCAGUGCCUCUUCUGAUUCAGAUAGAACAAUGAGAGCAAGAGUUGGGUGUCAUCUGCAUAUUGGUAACACUUCCCUUCAAAAUCCUUGAUGACAGGCCACUGUGGCUACAUGUAGAUGUUAAAUAGCAUGUUCUAUUAACCAGGAGUGCCUGGCGUUCUCUGGUCCAUGGGGUCACGAAGAGUCGGACACGACUAAACAACUAAACAACAACAACAUUAACCAGAAAGGAAAUAUGGUUAUGGUGGUAAUAUUCAUGAGGCCUAUGCAGCAACCUUUUAAGAACAUCUCAUGAUCUCCUGACAAGUUAGGCCAGAAAGUGUGUCUGCUUUUCUGUGAAGAAUACACACAGAAUGCUCCUUUGUGUAUUUUGCAGGGAGUUGGACUAGAUGACCCAUGGGAUCCUGUCCAACUCUACAGUUUUAUUAAACACCUGAGAUGCAGUUUUCCAUUGUAAUACCAUAGGAUUGCAUCUAGAAGCUAUGCUGAAACAGGCAAAUGUUCAAAGUUCAUUACUAGCAGAAAAAUUCAUGCAAAAAUAAAUUAUGUAGGUGUGUUAAUUUGUGUUCUGUAAUUUGUAAGCACAAAUGACACUUGUCAGCAGAAGUGGAAGCAAAUUAUAGGAGAUGAUCAUCCAUGCUUGGUUAAAGGUAAAGGGACCCCUGACCAUUAGGUCCAGUCAUGACUGACUCUGGGGUUGCAGUUCUCAUCCCACUUUAUUGGCCGAGGGAGCCGGUGUACAGCUUCCAGGUCAUGUGGCCAGCAUGACAAAGCCACUUCUGGUGAACCAGAGCAACACACGGAAACGCCGUUUACCUUCCCACUGGAGCUGUACCUACGGUAUUUAUCUACUUGCACUUUGACGUGCUUUCAAACGGCUAGGUUGGCAGGAGCAGGGACCGAGCAACGGGAGCUCACCCCGUCGCGGGGAUUUGAAUCGCCGACCUUCUGAUUGGCAAGUCCUAGGCUCUGUGGUUUAAUCUACAGCGCCACCCAAGCCUGGCCUAAUUGUAGUAUAGUAAUGUAGGAGAAAGAGGAAUGGUAUGUAAGGGAACAGGAUUCAUAAGGAAAUGGUGCUUGCAUCUGUGUACAUGUACACACUGGCUUACAAUACAUGUAGUUGACCCUUAUUUUAAAGAGAGGUUAAAAAUAUAGGGCUUUCCCUCCAUCUUUACCACCACUUCUGACCUGAACCCCAAGAAAACGGGGCUUAUCCACUCUCUAAGAAAAGCUCAGCAACUUUGACCUGAACCCCUAAAAAACAGGGGCAGAUCACUGCCAGUUUUUAAUUCUGUGAGUAGAUCUCAGUUUCUUGGAAGUUGGCCACCCCUGCUCUAGGGCAAUUUGUCAAUAUUGUCAAUGUAUGAUUGCCUAAUACUUCAAAUUAAUCAGCAGGUGAAUGGAAUCCUGCAGUGCAUAUGUAACAUUGGACUUCUGUCUUCAAAUACUCUUUAUUUUUUAACUUUAUUACAUUUAUAUCCCACUUUUAUUCCAUUGUGAAACCCAAAUGGUGUGCAUGUGAUUCCCAGGUGAUCUUGGUGUUGACCAGACCAGCUUAGCUUCUAGCAGAUGAUUCUAUUUUAAGUGACACACUCUUAGUGAAAAUGCUCUGAGGAUCAGAGUGCCUUUAGAUUCCUCACAAAGAAAAUAAUCUUAUGGGAGAUACCUAAAAAUGAUAAUACUAUUGAUUCUAAUGACUUCAGAGUAGUUGAUUAUGAUGACCAAAGCCUAUAAUGCUAUUAUGUAGUUUGUGCAAGACUCUACUUGAUAUGCUAGGUGUGAGAAACUGAUCAUAGUGAUAUACAGAGUCACUUCUUCCAUUAAGCUUAUCCUGUUAGGCUUGUUCAUUCUCAGUGUUUGGAGUUGUUUGGACCUGCUGCAGAUACUAAAGUUAUUUUUUUAAAAAAAUAUAAUCACAGGCAACCUUUUCAACUCUUGUUUCUGGAAUAAGCAUUGAGAUUGACCUGCAGAAGUGAUGGCUUGGAAUUGCUGUAAUAUUGAAUUUUCUUCCCUUUACCACCUAGGAGAGUCGUCUUUUCAACUACUGUUCCUUACUCUUGGGGUGCAGGGUGGGUUUUGGGGAAAGGCUGUGUAGUUAUACCUACCUGAGCCAAAGAAUUAAAAUGCUGCCGCAAUGUUCAUGUACCCAGAGCAUAUGAGUUAGCACAGACCUGCUGCAUUUGUGUUCAAUCUUUUAUGCCAGAGGAGUUUUUAACAAGUUCAGCAUAAUAGCUGGAUGGGUUUACUUGUGGACUCUACUAAUAAUACUGGCACUGUUUGCCAUCAUGGUAAGUUAUAGUGUGAAACAAACUGUGGUUUAGCUAUGGUCAAAUCCCACUUACCUCACUCUUUCCUUUACCCAAGCCAGAAGGCAACAGACCAUAAUACUGACUUGUCUCUACAUGUGAUCUAGGUUUUUUGAGCUGUACGCAUGAGAGAGCAAAUGGUUCACAGUAAAGCAUAGUUUGUUUCAAUCUAUGAUUUACCAUGAUAUGUGAACCAGACCACUGUAGUAGUGAAAUCUGAGUAAUUGCAUUUUCUGUGCAUAUUUUCAAUGUUUUAGGUUUACACUUAAAGUGUAGUGUAGUGAAUGUGACAAACACAUCCAUUAUACAAGUUCACUCACCUGAAAGUGUGAUUCACUGUGAAGUGCAUUGAGUAUACACUUUGGGGUAUGUGUGAUAUUAAAAUUUUAGUAGUGAAGUAUGAAUAACGUCAAGUAUGGUAAGUGUGACUUUUUCUGCUUGACAUCUUUUCAUUUUUUUAUAUAAAAAUGUCAUUAAGAGUACAGUCAUACCUCAGGUUACAGCCGCUUCAGGUUGCGUUUUUUUUGGGUUAUGCACCUGCCGAAACCUGGAAGUACCGGAACGGGUUACUUCCGGGUUUCGACGGCCGUGCGUGCGCAGAAACUCUGAAUUGCAACCCAUGCGUGCGCAGACGCGCCGCUGCAGGUUGCGAACGUGCAUCCCACACGGAUCACGUUCGCAACCCAAGCAUCCACUGUACUUAAUUAUCUUCCCUUGUUUCAGUAAGAGAUCCAGUUAAUCACUUUUCCAUUAUUGCUUGGAAGAGUUAAAAUGUGUGUGUUUGCAAAGGGGAGGGAUACCUUUUUUACAUACCUUUUGUGUGCAGUCUUAAGCAAAUGUGUGGAAUGUGCUACUGAGAUUCUUUCUGAAGAGGAUUAAUUAACAGAAUCUCAUGAUCCUAUUAAGGAACGUUCUUUUCUGUAGUCUCUGCAUGGGAUGUAAAGUAAGAGGUUGGUUUGUAUAAUUAACAUAAAUACGAAGUGGUUAAGUACUUGCAGUAAUUAGUAUAGGACAAGGAAGUUGAGGAAGAAUGUCUGAAUACAUAUAAGGUUGAGGCUGCCAGUCAGUUGACUGGUCCAAAUUAGGUCAGUUGACUACUAUCAAAAACAACAAUAUAUCAAGGCUGCUUCUACUAGCCACCUUGUAGAACCAUAGGUAUUUCUGAACAGGAUCACAAGCAGUCAUUGGGGCCAUAAGUCUCUCUCUUUGAUUCCCUCUUACUUAUUGCAGCAUCCUGAGAAUCUGCUGUGGCUAUCUGACCUUUACAGAAGGUCAAGUAGUGGAUUGGACUUGAGUCUAGAAACAUAUACAUUUGUUGUUUGAAAAUAAUUUGUGUAAAAAAUGAAAGUAUCAAACUUAAUGGAUAAAGUAUCUUUUGUUAAUAUUUUUUAAAAUAAAACAACAAAAAACCUUGUCUAUUAUUUGACAAGUCUGUUGACCAAAUCUCUUUUUACUGGUCAAAUGCUUGAAUAGUUAACAUUUCUGUGGAUAUGAAUGCAAGAGUAUGGUAGUUACAUAGGUUAAACGAUCCAUAGGAUCAAAUAUUAAUCUGUCUUGGAAAUAAUAUUUUAACCAUUUAGAAGGAUAAAAUCAUGGGGCAGUUCUCCCUAAGACAGUGGUUGGAACAAAAAUUUGUAGAACUACUGAUAGUUGGAAUUAUAUACUUCAUCAUACUUGUUUUAUUUGUGUUGUGCUUUCUUGACUGUUACCUGUGUGGUUUAUUUUUUUAUUGAAUAAAAUACCUUGACAAAGCAAAAAGCCUAAAUAAUUACUCUCUUUUAAAAAUCUUCCUGGGAAAUGGCAAAUUCAGAUUGUUGCAGAAAAAUGAUUUUAGAAACUUUGGGUCAAGGAAAUAGUCCUCUGAUAUCUUGAAUUAAACCAGGGUUCUUCAAGCUCGGCCCUCCAGCUGUUUUAAGGCUGCAGUUCUCAUCAUCCCUGACCACUGGUCCUGCUAGCUAGGGAUCAUGGGAGUUGUAGGCCAAAAACAUCUGGAGGGCCGAGGUUGAGAAAGCCUGAGUAGUAAACUGAUCAGAUGAGUUAGAACCUAGGCCAAGAAUGGGAGGAAAAAAAUCCUUUCUUGAAGUAAUUUAUUAGUCUGAGGGAUUAAAGGAUGUUAUGUUUGUAUUCUUAUGUUUAUAAGUAAGGAAAAAAGGGCUUUGAAUGAUAGAGUUUUAAGAGAAUCUUAAUGGUCAUCUAGUCUAACCUUCUGCCAAAUCAGGAAUCUACAACCACCAUAUCCCUGAUACAUGACUUUCAGACUCUGCUGCUAAGGAAAAAUCUGCAGCCUUUUGAAAUGGUUUAUUCCACUGUACAAGCUGUUAAGACAUCAGUUACUCAUAAUAUUUAGUCUAAAUUGUUUUUCUUAUAAUUGUGCACCCACUGGUUUGGUUCCUCUCGGCUGCAGGAAACAAAUUAGAGUAAUCUAUAUGACAGCCUUUAAAAUGUUUGUAGAUAGUUAUCUUCUUGAUACACAUUAAGAGUAGCACACAUACACAUUAAGAGUAGCACACAUUAAGAGUAGUUUGAGCAGUUUAUCUAGCCAGACUGUGUGUAGGGCCUUGUGGAUCUGAGUUGGUGAAUACUGCUUCUAAACCCUUGAACCUCUGAGUGUUUAAUCAGAUGGGUCAGAUUUUGUUAAGACCUCAUCAUCACUUUCUGUUGGGAUGUUUUGUAUUCCUCAGUGUACCAUUCUCUGGGUGAUGAAACUGUGGCUUUAGGAGGAUAAAUGAUGUAUUACAAGCAUUUCUUAUAGAUGAAGGUGGCAGAGAGCCAUGACUGUAUGUUCUAGUUCAAUGAAUGGAUCAGUCUCUCUGGUCUUUGUCAGUUUCUGUUCCUUUCUGUUUCUGCGUUAAUCUGCAUUUUUAUUAGCUUCUGUGAAAAUUUAUAUUUAAAUAUGUAUUUUAUUAUCACAAAAUAAAUCCAAAUGCAAAUAUGAAUUAUCUUGAUGUAUGUAUUUCUAAACUUAUUUAAUCCUAAAUGCACAUUUUAGUGUAAAUCUUGAGCAGUGAAUUGUAUCACGAAAUUUUGACAAGUGCAAAACCCAAAGUACUGUAUUCAGGUCCAUGUAUUAGUCUGGGAAGUGCAAAUUAGGCUAGUUCUCUUAAAAAUAUAGGCCAAACAAAGUUCUGCAUCCCUAUCUAGUUCUUUGGGCAAAAAGGGGGCUGAUUAAGUCUUAAAGGUUUUGAAACUUCUCUCAGUUCUGGCUUCCUUCCUCGUUAAAGGGGAAAAGUCAUACAGGUGACUUUCAGGAGUAGUGAGGUGGCACAGGACUAAGAAGCUUGGAUAAAUGGCAUGGUGUUAGGUAUCUUGUAGUGGCAUUCUACCUGCAACAGCUUUUGCUUUUCACCUUCCAUCCCCAAUCUUUCUUUUAGUCUGAAGUGGCAGGAUACUGACAGCCAAACUACACAUUUAGCUGUACAUGCUUUUAGACAAGCAAACCUAAGCCAUCCACUUUGACAGUGAUACUUUGAGUUCUUGUGAGUUAAAAAUGGCAUGAAUAUUAAUUCAGUGUUUCAUAUUUUUAUGCUAAUUUGGUUGAUUUGGUCAGUUUCACUGUAUACAAGGAUUGUGCACAUGGCACUAUAGCUAUUGAAUUAGGCACCUCAGGCAGCAUUCAGAGCUGUUUCUGGAAGAGGGCAUUCUGGUGAAUGCCUGUUUCUGGAAGAGGGCAUUCUGGUGUGAUCUUCUGAAAUGGGAUACUUUCCUAAUAAAGUAAGGCUUUAAUCCUAACCCCACUUACCACGGGGUCAUACCCAUUAAAUUCAGUAGGAUUUGCGAGUGAACAUGGAUAAGAUUGCAUUGCAAAACUCUGAAAUACAUCUCAGAAAGAUGAGGGACGUAAAGCUGAUCCUUAUUCAUGGUGACUGAUAAAGUAGUCAUCUGAAAAUACAUUUAGAUUUAAAAGUCCUUCAGUUGAAAGAACAUUUUAUGAAAUAACUGCACCAUCUUCCCAAAUAAAGACAGAAUUCAUAUGAUAGAAUGAAAUAAAGCAGUAGGAUCAAUUGCUUACAGUUAAAGUGAAUUCCAGCUGUAGUGAACAGAUCAUUUGUAUCAGUGUAAGUCUUAAUGGAAUUUGAUGUCUAGAAUAAAGGAGUACUUUCUGUAUGUCUGUGAAAGAAUCUCAUAGAUCAGUGUGUGGAACUUUUCUGGCUCCAAAGGCCAGAUCAGUAUCAGGCCAGUGGUAUGGCCUAGUUUAAAUGUCACCUGAUCACCUGAUUGGCAGGUGGGCAUGGCCAAUUUCAAGGGUACGUAGGGAGCUUUAGGGGAGAGGAGGGGGAAGUUCUGUUCCAUGAGUGAAAGUCUGCUUUGUGAGCAGAACAGCAGCAUCGACUGUAACUCUAGGUCAGGGGUUAGCAACCUUUUUCAGCCGUGGGCCGGUCCACCGUCCCUCAGACCAUGUGGUGGGCCGGACUGUAUUUUUUUGGGGGGAAAUGAACGAAUUCCUAUGCCCCACAAAUAACCCAGAGAUGCAUUUUAAAUAAAAACACAUUCUAAUGUAAAAACAUCAGGCAGGUCCCACAAAUAACCCAGAGAUGCAUUUUAAAUAAAAGGACACAUUCUACUUAUGUAAAAACACGGUAAUUCCCGGACCAUCUGUGGGCCGGAUUGAGAAGGCGAUUGGGCCACAUCUGGCCCACGGGCCUUAGGUUGCCUACCCCUGCUCUAGGUUAUGUGACAGCUCCACCAGCGUUGCAUGUUGUCAUGUUGGGCAGGGCUAAGAUUUGUUGUUGUCUAACAAGUUGCAUAUGCCUCAGCAGAAGUGUGUGUGGGGGGGGGGGAAUAUUCCAACUCUUUCUUUAGGGUUGUGUUACAGCAUAUCCCUUUUUAUAAAUGGGCAUCUGGAGGUCCCGUUUAGUUGUGAUAGCAGGGAGGAGGCUAGGAAGGUAAAAGGUUCUCAAUACUAGAUUUUGCUUUUUGACAAUGUGCUCUAGAUUUGUUCUAAGGUUUCAAACUCAUUUUGCUUAAUUCUUUCUUUUAGAACAAUAUAAUUACAAAUGAGAGCUACUCUGAUUCCUUAGAUAUUACCCUGCUUUUACCAGUCUUCCAUUUUCUUUUGGUUCUUACACACCUGUUCCUUAGUGUUGGUAUCUGAUAUUGUCUUUUUUUUUUUUUUUUUAAUAGUUAAUAUUUAUUGAAUUUUCAGAAAAUAACAACAAAAAUUUCCAAAAAAAAUUUAAGGAUACAAAAAACAAAAUUAGUGCAUAAACAAAAAAGAAAAGAAAACCCAGCCCCAAAGAAAAAAAGAGAAACAGAAAACAAAAAUAUAAAGUCCUUUACCAUCUCUAUUGACUUCCUUUCUAGACUUCCUCCUCCUCCCCUCUUUUGUUUCUUAAUUUUUAAUUCUUACAGCAAAUCCUUUCUGUUUUUUCAUAACAAUCUGUCAUUACGUUUCCUUAUUCUAUUUUCCCUCUUGUCAUAUAAAAACUUUAAAACUCAUAGCUUAUAUUCAAUAUUUACCAAAUUCUUGCAUCAUUACCUUUUUACGAAUCAUUUACCAAUCCUUACUUAAGUCAUGUAAUUUCAUUCAACAUCCUUCAAACAUUUGUAAGCAUUCCCAAUAUUAAAAAGUAAAAAAGAAAAAAUAAUAAGUCAAAUUCAGUCCAGUCAGCUUCCUUAUUGUCUCCUUAUCCCCAUUAGUCCAUCUUAUGUAGACUGGACAGUCUCCAGCGUAGGAUUGUGUCCUUUCUGUGUAUAUCACUUAACUCACGACUUGGGCUAACACAGAGUAGAGCAGUGUUUCCCCUUUCCAUAGUACCUGCUUACUUUUAACAUAAAAUAGUUAUUUGUUUGAAUUAUGCUUUGCUAAGUCAAACUUUUCUUUUGUGUUUCCAUAUAUAGGUUGCUAUACUUGCUUCAGCAAGAAACGUCCAGCACUGAGCUGAAAACUGAAUGUGCAGUGGUGCUAGGAAGCCUUGCAAUGGGUACAGAAAACAAUGUUAAAUCUCUUCUGGACUGCCAUAUCAUACCAGCCUUACUACAAGGUACCUUCAUUUUCAUUAUUGUUACCCUCUUGCACAGCAUCCUCUUUGCACAGCAUUUGAGAACUGGAAAAAGUUUCUCAACUUGUAUUCACAGGGUUACUGUCGCCAGAUCUUAAAUUUAUUGAAGCUUGCCUCAGAUGUCUUCGCACCAUUUUUACCAGCCCUGUAACUCCUGAAGAACUAUUGUACACGGUAAGUUAUAUGCAACAGGUAUGUUUUCUGCAAUAGCUGGUCACACACUGUAGCUCAUUUAGAACACACUUGUGUAUGAGAGUGUGUGUUGCUGAAAGAAUUUUGAAUGAUGGUGAUUGUGAAAGGAUUACACACGACGGCAUAUGUGUGUUGGAGAACUGGCUUCACGGGAACUGGAAGCUAGAAAAGAAUUUCUAAAGUUCUGCCGCUCUGUGGAGUAGGAGUGCCUGGCGUGCUCUGGUCCAUGGGGUCAUGAAGAGUCGGACACGACUAAACAAACAACAACAACCCUCAAGGACCUAUAUCUGCUAUCCUAAUAUAUAAGGCAAUUCAAAAAGUGAACUGUAUUGCAGUAAGUGCCUGUCACUACUGCCAUCUGUUGCAGCAGAAAUUUAUGGGACCUUUUCUUAUUCGCCCAUAUAGGUUUGUGAAAACUAUAUUAUAAACACCAAGAAGAAAAGCAAACAAACAUUGCACGGCAAUGUUAUCUGUGUUGUAAAAUGAGUUUGAAUGAUUUUAACUCAAACUGUUGGCAAUUUUAUUCAGUGUUAGGUUUUGGGAGAUAUUUAUUACUAGAUUAUGUAUUCACAAAUUAUUUCUUUAUGUGAACUAGUAAGAAACCUGUUUCAAUUGCAGUGGGAAAAUUGGUUAACAUUAACCCAGUGUAAUACUGAUAUCUGAGAAAAUAAACUCUUGAUUUAUAGGACUAAAGGUUCUUAUGUUCAUUUUCAAAGGAAAACUACUAAACGAGACAACGUGCAGCUUGUAGAGUCUUAUUAGAAAUCUGAGAAACUCCAUCUCUGAAAGGAAGAGCUAGGUUGUCCCAGAUCACUCUUCCCUGGAGCCUCCUGUGUGUCUGUUUUUUUCCGAGUUGCUACUGUUAGCAGAUCUCCUCCUCGUUAUGGUGCUAAGUGAGCAUCCAGAAGUGAAUAAAUAUUCAUUAUUCUAAGAUCUGGGCCUGUUUCUGGGAUUGGAUGCUGGAGAGCUUGCCAGCCAGAGGUAUGUGAUGGAGGAGCAGAGCAUUUCUCUGGGGAAUCCUCUGGAGGAGAUUUGGAAGGGGCAUGGAGAGCUGCAGAGAUGAAGAGAGCAAGGGAAAUCCUUUUGUGUGAGUAGAAGUCUGCUCAUGCGAUAUUGGGUAUCUGCCACUGAUUUUACUUUUAUACAAAUUUAGGCGGAAGUUGCUCACUGGGGCAAGACAGUGUGACCAUAUAACACUGAACCUGACUCAUCUGCACUAGCUGCCAAUUAGUUUCCAGGCCCAAACUAAAGUGCUGGUUUUGACCUAGGAAUCCUUAACGGCUCAGGACUACAAUGCCUCAAGGACCAUCUUUCCUCCAUAUGAACAGUUCAGACCCCGUGAUCAUCAUCUGAGGCCCUUCUGCCUCCUCCAUGAGAGAUCUGGAGAGUGGCAACUUGAGAACAGGCCUUUUCUGCAGUGGCUUCCCAUUUGCAGAAUGCUCCCCAGGGAGGCUCACCUAGCGCCUUCAUUACUUAUCUUUAGCUGCCAGGCAAAAAUGUUUCUUUUUAACCAGACCCUUGACUGAAUAACAUUCUGUGUCAUUUAAAAUAUGUUUAAAAUACAUUUGAGGGAGGGGGCGUAUUGGUUUGUUUUGUUGUGUAUUUUGUGUUCUUGUAUUGUAUUUUUAUGCAAUCUUUUGAUGAAGGGCAGUAUACAAACUUAAUAAAUAAAAUAAAUAAACUCAAACUUAACUCAAAUUUCUUUAACAGGGAGUUAGUCCUCCUGAUAAAUAUUUAAGAUGGUAUUAUGGAUUCACAUGAUUUUUGCAGAGGAUUCCCUGAAAAAUAGCAAUGAAGCAUAGGUCACCUCAGUGUCCGCAGAUGUUUUCUUUUAUAAGUUGGUGGUUUCGUUAUAUAUUCAUUUGUAAAACUAAAUCUGGAUCAGUGUUGUGAUGCUAGCAAGCACUGGAUCGGUGAAUUUCAUUGUAAGCUUUAAUUUUGUGGUGUUUUGGGAGGGAUCCCGUGUAAAAUCAUGCAAAUUCAAAAUGAUCCGUUUUAAUUCUACUGAAUGAGACUUUGGGGAAAGCGGUGUGUGUGCUUCCUUUUUCUGUUGGUCUGAGGAGGGAAAGUGACUGGGAGAGAGAAGGAACCAGAGCUGGUGGUGCCAAUGGGCCCAAAAUGUUGGUGGGCACCCUACCUUCACAGAUUCUGUUUCCAGACAUUUCUUAGCCAUGCUGAAGGCUAUAAGUCUGUUAUAAGCAGAGCUGAAAUGUCAGUAUUCUGAGACUGUUACUGUAUUCUCUGCUAUCGCUAGAUUUCUUCUGAACAAUGUCACAGCUGUAUAGAUUUUGAAAAUCACUGGUUAGAGAUGGUCAGUUAUGAAUAUAUUAAAAAUCCCAUUAUAAGGCUCAAGCUGUUUGUUUCCUUGUGAAUCUCAAUAGAAAAAGGGAAUAACCCAGUGCAUGUAGUGUAUACACAAUAACUGCUUGCUGGUGUUGAAAAUUUUAGUUGUAAUGUUCAGCUUUCUCUCCUGACUCUUUUAGGAUGCUACAGUUAUUCCCCACCUCAUGGCACUGCUCAGUAGGUCUCGAUAUACUCAAGAAUACAUAUGUCAGAUCUUCUCACAUUGCUGCAAAGUAAGAAAGGAGCAUGAAACAUUCUACUGGGGUCUGUAAAACCAAGUAUUCCCUUUUGGUGGGCUUUAAAAAUACUGUUUUGUUAAGAUAACUUUGUGUGUGAGUGAAACAGUGGGCCUGACGUAGUAGAAUAUUUUCUUUGAUUUGCUUGCAGGGCUAAGCAGGGUUGCUCUUAAAGCAAAAUAAAAGGAGAAAAUACAAGUUAAGAUACACAUUUCAUUAAAAAAUUAGCAAGGCACAAGCCUUUCUCAGGGUGACUGUAUUAUAUAAAGGUUUCUCACUAAAGCUCUCAAAUCAGCACAACGUGAAUGAACCACUCCUUAAUUUUUUGCUCUGUAGAACAGUUAAAUUUUUGGACAAUAUUUCAGAACUUGUAUAUAUUCCAGAUUUAACCAACCAUAGCUUUAUUUCUGUUUACAAACUUCUCUCUGCGUCUGUCUGUCUAUUUUUUAAGAAAUUGACUGCCUGAAAAUUGGCAGUUAUUAUCUGCAGAAAUUAUGUGGUACAUGCUUCAAACCUCAUUUUCACAGUCCAAAUUCUUAACAAUAUAAAUACUUUUCUGGAGAGUUAUUCCUACUCUGUCUGCUCUUCUGUAGGUGUCAUUUCAUCUGUGUCUCCAGUAUUUGACACCUACAAAUGUGUGACAGAUGUAGCCAUUGUCCCAAGGUUUCUGAGUAAAGUGGCAUAACCAUGCAUAGCUAUAUUGUUGCUCCACCCUGGUUUAAAACUGGGGCUGUUAUCUUUGAGUCUUUUUCUUUCCCAUGUCUGUCCUAUAAAGGUGUCCAGUGUGGUGUAGUGGUUAAGAGUGGUGGACUCGUAAUCUGGUGAACCGGGUUUGCUUCCCUACUCCUCCACAUGCAGCUGCUGGGUGACCUUGGGCUAGUCACACUUCUCUGAAGUCUUUCAGCCUCACUCACCUCACAGAGUAUUUGUUGUGGGGGAGGAAGGGAAAAAGAGAAUGUUAGCUGCUUUGAGACUCCUUAGGGUAGUGAUAAAGCGGGAUAUCAAAUCCAAACUCUUCUUCUUAUCAUUCACCCUGCCAUUUCCUACGCCCCACAUGUGUCUGGAACUAGUGCAGGUUGUGAUUAGGGCAACUCGGUUGAGCUCACCAAGCUUUGAAAAGCCCAUGCUUGAUACUGAAGAUAAAUUAUUGCAUUGAUUAAGGUGGAGCAGAUGAUUUGACAAUCCAGAAAUCUCAAAUUAUGUCACUGUUCCUCUUCAUAUGCAUUCAGAACCAGAUUAAUUUUGGAAGAGGCAAUCCUAAAUCCACAGUUGUGACAAAACUAGGCAAGGAGGGGGCAUUCAAAUGCAUGAUUUCACUGCUGCAGUCUGAAGUGGUAUCAUGGAAGUAGAACAUUACUAUCCCUUGCUAUUUCUGCAUGCCUGUAUCAGCCCGUUUUGUAUGACAGAUACAAAAUGUCCUGCUGUUCAGGGUCUUGUGCAAUUAUAGCUCAAACAGAUGCAAAGGUUACAGAGUGCAAAUAAACUGUAGCAGCUGAUGUCUGACUGGAACACGAAUUAAAUAUUUUUUUCAAGGAAUGUGUAUCAUAUUAGAAAUGAGUCUUGAGUUGCUACUCCCAAAUUUCCAGGGUCAAGUUUUCCAUAUAUUGUCUGGCAGUUGCAUAGAGGUUACUUCCUGAAAUAUCUGGCUUCACAAAUAUAACUUUUAUAAACAAUGUGUUUGUUGAUGUUCUGAACUAAUUGAACAGAAAAUGCUUCCUAAAAUGUUUACCCAAAACAUUGGCAAAUGAGAUAAUUUCUUGUGACGUUUUGAAUGCUGUGUGAAUAAGAAUGAUCAAAAUACAAUUUUUAGCACCCUAAAUCUUAAGUUUUGGCAUAUAGAUUAUUUUAGCACAAACAAACAAAAAAGUAGUGAAUUGAUGAGGUCAUACAGAAAAUUGCAAGAGUUACAAUAUACCAUUUUAAAGUUUCCAGAAAUACUAUUAGAAUAAUGGGGAAAGUCAGCUUAUCUGUUUUUAAUAUCUUGCUGCUUAUCAAGGUCCCCCCCCCCCGUCCAUUUUUAUUCUGCAACUGUGCUCUCCAGAGUUUCAGAAAUAGUUCAAGACAGUAUAUUUGGACAGACUGUCUCAAGCAGCUGGUGGUGUGCUGUAAUAAUGCAUAACAUUUAUUUAGCAUUUAGAGUCUCCAAAUGUCAUUUACAUUGUAAUCCUUACAAUAGAAAUAUUGUAGGAAGGUAGGUCAAUAUUUUCCCUAUGUUGCAAAUUGGGGACUGAAGUGGGUAAACUAGUUACAGCUAUACAGCUUAAUGCUGUAUAGAGUCUUUUAUGUUUUUACUAAAACCAUGAAAUCAUUUGAAAUCAAUUGCAAAAUUGUAGAGCAAUCCCAAUUAUCUUAUUGAACCUUCAGGAGACUACACAUGCAAAUUACACCUGAGUAAUUACAGAUUGGGGAUACUAACAAAGGAUUUUAAAACUGAGCAAUAGAGUUUGCACAAAAACCUGACCAAAGGCAACCAAUUUAUACUUGUAUUUUACUAGUGAAGAACAUUGAGGCUGAAAUAUAGUAAUUCAUUAGUGCUAACCCAGUCAUUGUAGAAAAUUUUGUUAUUUAAAAGUCUUCUUUUUUUAUUUCUUGAGAAAUGUAUUAUUAUUUGUUUGUCAUUGUAUGCAAACAAAAGUCUCAAAGUGACAUAACAACAAAUUUUAAUACAAACAGUAGAAUAAGGAGGACAAAUUCUAUCUCACUGUACCUCACCCACAGAUCUACCAGUUUAUUCCAAUCUACCUUUUGUUAAUCCCCGAUUCGAGACACUUUAUGCUAAAAGUAGGUGUUUUUUAAAUUUCCUACUCCGUUUCAUAGCCUUUACACUAGUUUUCAAUCACUGUGUAUAUCUGAUUUUUGAAAUUCAUGUACUCUUUUUCUAUAGAAAUGUUUUUCUGUCUUGUAUACUCAGUAGUAGUUCCUGAAUGCACACAGGGGCCUAGAUUGGUCCACUGUAUAAAAUACUGGACAUAGAUCCAUCUGAUAAAGAUCAAAAUUCAGUUUAUAAAUCAAUAUUUGAGAGAACAUGUGGGGAGGCGGGGUGGUAGGGGAAGGGAGUUAGGCCCACAGUACUCAGAUAAGUUGCAGGUUAAAAAGGAGAAAAUGAUACUUGACUUUAAUUUUAUAUCUUUUAAUAUCUGUUCUUCAGCUCCGACACUGGCAUAGCUGCGGCUUUAAAUCCUCGCCUCAGCCACUUCUAUGUGCCAAUGUAAGUUUUUUUUCCUCCUUCAAAAUGGUAUAUUAAUUGCAUUUUAUCUAAACAAAUUGUCAGUGGUAGUAGCUGAAGUCUGUCUUAAAAGUCCAGAUUUUUCACAGUUGUUAACUUGGUUACUUGUUGCAUAACGUCAGAUUUUUACUUGAGCCAGAUCUUGUGUAUAUAUUUUAUUGGCUAAUCGAGUCAUGUUUUUUUAAUAGUAAGAGAAAAGUUUUGCUGCUCUCAUUUGGAGCCACCAGCCUUAUGAGAGGAUUGUGGCAGAAACAACACUGUUGAGUGGUAAAUGAAGUAGGGCUGGUUUUUGUAGUAUGGAUGUUGAUGUUCAUAUCACCAGAAGAGUACAAAUAGCCAUAAAGUCCAAAUUGUCAACCUCAAGCCAAGACUUUCCAGCUAUCAACUCCCCACACAAUGUACUGUAAAUAGAGCAGAACUUUACAUCACUCUGUAGGUUUCUACGGAAAAUGACUUUGGGUGACUUAGUCAGUUGAACCUAAUUGCACAUUAGAGCAGAAUUGGGGUGGGAGGGUUCAGUAGUCAACUGGCCAGGGAAGGAGCUCUUCCCUUAUCCCAUUAUGAGAAUCCAUUAGACUCUGAACACAAAGCAGAAUCGAGGAAUCAAACGUCCUCAACUUAUUCUAAAGUUUAAAUCCUUUUGUUGUGACAGAGGCAAUCGUUGUGGGUGGCAAAAAUAAACUGUGAUGGAAACUGGUGGAAACUCUGCACUAGUCUAAUUUGACUACAACCAAGCAUUGGUAGGCAAACUAAGGCCCGGGGGCAGGAUCUGACCCAAUCACCUUCUAAAUCUGGCCCGUGGGCGGUCCGGGAAUCAGCGUGUUUUUACAUGAGUAGAAUGUGUGCUUUUAUUUAAAAUGCAUCUCUGGGUUAUUUGUGGGGCAUAGGAAUUCGUUCUUUCCCCCCAGUAUAUCGUCUGGCCCCCCACAAAGUAUGAGGGACAGUGGACCAGCCCCCUGCUGAAAAAGUUUGCUGACCCCUGGUUUAAAGUAACAUAAUUAGUGCCUCGAUUUCAGAUGGGGUGAAUAGGUAUUUUACCUUGUCUUUCUGAAAUCUAAUUGUUUAUCUGUAUCAUAAAAUUUUGGACUAGGCAUAUCUUUUAUAAUUUAUGUUCAGUUGUAUUGUGUAAAAUAUUCUUACUCGAUUACGAGUGAUCAUCAAGGAAAAACAUAGUUAGGGAGAAGCUUCUUUUUGAAAGUCCAGCCAUAGGCUUACAACCUACCUAUUAAAAAAGAUACUCUAGGACAGGCUUCCUCAACCUCAGCCCUCCAGAUGUUUUGAGACUACAAUUCCCAUCAUCCCAGACCACUGGUUCUGCUAGCUAGGGAUCAUGGGAGUUGUAGGCCAAAAAAACAUCUAGAGGGCCGAGGUUGAGGAAGCCUGCUCUAGGAUGAGGUUGAAGGAAUAGAGACAGGAAAGAUAAACUAGCCAAACAACAUUUUUUUUCUUUUUAAGCAGCCACCACCACCACCAUAUUGGAGUUGCGUAUCUUUUGGUUUCUGAUAUUUAUUGCAACAAAACGAAUCGGGUGAAAAGAUGACUAGUAUGUUUGAGGCCAUCUAGUUGCCCAUGUUUUUCAAAUGCAAUUUUCUGCCUUUUAAAAUCUGACUGUUUUGUAUAAAUUUAUAUUUUUGAACUUUUUCAUAAUCUUUACCAUAUCUAAAACACCGACUUGUUGAGGGGAGGGAGAGACAGGAAAUACAUGAACCCAUUAUUAAAAGGGUGGGUUGAAAAUAAAGUUGUAAAUGAACAAAGCAGGCACAUAUAAAUUGCCACAGAUAAGUAAAAUAUCAUAGGGAAGAGAAUAAAAACAACAAAUGAACAACACUAUGCUUUAAUUAUACUCAUAUAUAUUGGGAUUUCUUUUGACUCUUCUUCAUGUCUUCCUAUUUAAGGAUUCUGCUUUUAAAAGUCAGUUGGUAGGCGAGCUGGCAGGAUAUUUCCUGCAGGGUUUAAACUCUGUUACAGGCUUCCCAUUCUGUGAUAUUAGAUGUAAGACACAUGUGAGAAGAAAUAUUGCCUGUGCCUUUCAUUUGGGGGGGGGGGGAGGGGAAUAGGUUUAUUAAACAAUCUGACAUUUGGGGGGAAAUUGCAAAUUAUGAACCUUCUUAAGCAUUUUUCAGUGGAAAGGCGGGAUACAAAUGCUUUAAUAUUCCCAGUAUAUAUAUGCCUGUCCGUCCUUGUUCCUUGCUGCGUCUCUGUCAGCUCAAAGGCUUUCUUUUCUCACAUUCCCACAAAGUUCUUGCAAUCUGUGUUCCUUUUUCCAUCUUGUGGAUUUAGCCUUCUUUUGCAGUAUUUUCUGUCUCCAGUUGACAGUUGUCUUUACUAACUUCAUGAAGCUUGCUGAGGCUACACAUGGACAUGUAUUCUGCAUCUAUUUCCUCCAAAAAUUGCACCCACUGCCAGACAUCCACCCCCCUUUCCCUGAACAGUUCAAGCCCAUCCAGGAUCUGAUAAACUUUGCUGGGCAAAGUGCUUAGUAGUAAUAUGGUUUCGGCAGAGUUGCCUACUGUUGGUCAUGUUCAGCCACAGUUUGGUAUUUGAGAAAUAUUUCUUUAGGCUCUGAUGCCCAGCUGUCAUCCCCAAGAACUGCACAGCUUUAAAGGCUGGGAGCUUCCACUUUAGACACAAAAAAUGGGAGUAUCGUCACCUGUUCUAUAUUGUUACCAUUACAUUUGGGGGAGGGGGAGCAUUAUCAGAAAGUAGAGUUAUGAAAAUUAGUUGUCAUUGAAGUUGGAAUGAUCAGUUGUCCGUUAGAGAUGCACAUCUUACAAAGCACUUUGGAUCUCUUCUUCAGUUUACAACUCCUAGUCUGUCUGUACAUUCUUGCAUUACUAAAUCAGGAUAUUAAAAUGCAAGUAAGAAAAUGGCCUGCGGGGUUCUAGAAGCUAUUCUGCUCAACCAAAAUCUCAUGUACUCAGAGUAAACCACUAGAUCCUGGUGUCUGCUGUAGGAUAUGCCAUGCCAUCAAAAUUUGUUUCUAGCCACUAUAGCUAGAGUUGAUUCCUGCAAUAAAGGGAAAGCUGAGGCUCUAAUUCUGUUGCAGCAUCAGACCUUAGGGUUCAAGGUACCUCAGCAUCAUAGGAGGUGGUAAUCCAGCGCAUUGUACCGUGUGACAUUUGGUGUAUGGGUUGGAUCCAGAGAAUGAAAGGCCACUUGCACAGGUUGUCUUUUCAGGCUCCCUUCCCCUCCACACCUUGUGCUCCUCCGAAGCCACUCUGUAGCAUUGGAUAGAUAAUGGCGGGGGUGUGUGUGUGUCAUACAAUGGAAGGGAAAACUGGAAGAAUUUGGCAGGGCUGUCUUGUGAGAAUGGCAGCACUUUGUUCGAGACAACUUUGGACAAGCCUGGAUUUUUAUCAGAUGCUUGCUUUCAUAUUUUGCUGCUUGUCUUUUGAAAAUACAAAAAUUGAAUAAUUUAUAGUGCCUGAUUAAAAAGAAAAUAAAUGUUUUCUGAGUCUAAUAUGAGAAAGAGCACAAUUUUGAUGAACGAAAUUUGUUACAGCUAAACUGCACAUUGCAUUAAACGUGCAGUUUUGGGUAUGUGUCUCAGGUUUUUUCUUUUUAAAUUAGCAGUUACCACAGCUUUUCUAAUGGAAGCCACCACCACCCAGCUGCCACGUAGCUACUUUUCCAUAGCAAAUUGCAGCUGUGGUGGGGGGCAGUUUCCUGGGAUAUUGGUGGAGGGUUAAACAUUUCCUUGCAGUUCUGGCCCACUGCCCCCCUCAAAUCGGCUGCUACUUUAUAUGGAAAAGCAGCACAACAGAAAACUCUGCAUCUUAGCCCUUACUGGAGUUGCUGGAUUCUUUCUUAAAAAUUUAGCUUGACUCUCUUUUGGUAGCAAUUUUGGAAGAUGCUGUAAAAAUCCAGUCUAUUCUUAGCUUGGAAUGAGCAAUAAUAAACUUGGAAAAUGACUAACCUUUCAAUUUAGUAUUCAUUAUGUACAGUAAAUUAAUUAUUUCUUCUCCCUUUACAUUUAAGGAGCAAUGGCUUUUUUCUUUUUUAAUAGGGUCCAGACCAUCAGACAGUCCUGUUUAACCAUGGAGCAGUGCAGAAUAUUGCUCACCUGUUAACUUCUACAUCUUAUAAAGUAAGGCAUUAAUAUAACCUCUAUUCUAUAAAGUAAGCCAUUAGUUUGAAUCUUGAUGCAGCAUCAUUGCUGGAGUGAAGAAGUAAGUGCAACAGAAGCUGCUGUUUUGGUACAGAAGAGACUGCAAGCGUUUCACUUUUAGCAGUGUGUGUACAGAUAUGGGGAAACAUCACAAAGCAUAUUUUCCUAUAAAGGACUCUUCUGUUGUAUACUUGAGAGGCAUAAAAAAAGAAGAAAGUGGGAGAGUAGAAGGGAACAUAAUGGAAAUGGGUAGAGGAAAGUGAAGCUGAAGAAAUAUCUGUGAUGGCAUCUUCCUGGCAACAUUAUUCCUGUCAUGAAGUAGCAUGCUUAAUCAUUACUUAAUUGUUUUGUUAUUCUCCUAAUACCAACAACUUGCAACAAACUUAAAAUGUAGAAAUGUUUAAAAUGGCUAUAAGCAAUUAACCUUGUAACAUUGAAAAGGAUGCCAACCUCCAAAAAGAAAGCAAAAAUAAGAUGAACUACUCAGAACAUCACCAACAAAGAAACCAUGGCAAACCAGCUCAUCUUAUUCCAUCAGGUGCCCUGGGAGAGGAUAGUUUUAACAGGCACUGGUAAUUAGUGCCUGAAACUUCAAAUUACAAAUUAAUUAUAUGGCAGAAAUGGCCAAUGGCAGUAUUAAGAAAAGAUUCAAACAAUUAAAUUCUUCAAAGCAAAGUAUAUACUGAGUUGAGUCAUUUCUACCUUCAUUGAAUAACAUUAACUUUGGCCCAAGACGACUACUUAGUACAUAACAUGAAGUAAUAAAAGAAAACUAGACCUCUUCAAAGUUAACUUUCUGAAACAUAGAAAAUAAAGUUGUACUUUAUUGAAUUCAAGUACAGUGGUACCUCGGGUUAAGUACUUAAUUCGUUCCGGAGGUCCAUUCUUAACCUGAAACUGUUCUUAACAAGAAGCACCAGUUUAGCUAAUGGGGCCUCCUGCUGCCGCUGCGCCACCGGAGCAUUAUUUCUGUUCUCAUCCUGAAGCAAAGUUCUUAACCCGAGGUACUAUUUCUGGGUUAGCGGAGUCUGUAACCUGAAGCGUAUGUAACCCGAGGUACCACUGUAUAUGUUUAAUAUUUAGGGAAAUGGAGGAAGGGGAUUGAAAGUAAAUCCCCGCUGCAUGCUGCUUGGGAGACUGCGCAGGGAGAACUCUGUAUCUGGCAUCUCCCAGCACAUCAUUCUUUAGGAAGGUCUUUAUUUGCUUCCCCUGGUCAGUUUUAAAAUUAACCUGCAAAAAUUAGAUUAAUUACUUAGAUAACCAUUCGUGAUGUUUGAAAACAUUCCAUGUCAUCUAGAAUAGUUCUGGAUCAUUCUCCUAGCAUGGAACCUGGUCCAUGUCAGAUAUUAUUGGGGACGUGCUAUGAUGAAGAGGCCUCUUGGAAGAGUUUGGUUGUUUUGGUGGCAAGUGUAGUAAAAGACUGGCCUGAGACCCUGAAGAGCCACUCCCAGUCAGAAUUGCCAAUACUAGGCUAGAUGGACAAGUAUAAAGGACUUAGUAGAAAGUAGCUUCCUAUGAUCUUUUUGAACCAGCCAAAUCGGCUUUAUACAAAGUUCAUUGGCAACUCUGAUUUUAUCUGUAAAUUGAGUAAAAGGAUGUGAGGACCUGUGCUACAAAUUGUAUAAUAAAUAUUCACUGGAUACAAAUACUCUGCAAGUUCCAAAUAUUAAGGCUUCCGUUGCAUUCUUUCAGAAUGGAACAUCCUGUAGUUUUAAUCAGAAAUAUGUUCUGUUCAAUGCAUUUAGACGUUGACUCGUAAAGUUACACUUCCUUAAAAAGGGGGUUUCCUGAUAGCCCUGGAAAGUGAAAAUCCCCUGUGUGCUUAGCCUUAUAUUAAUUGGCAGUGAGAAACCUUGUGGGCAUUUUAUUUUGACUCAUUAUAAGUAGCCAAAGGUCGUUUCUCAAAUUAGGCUGCACUGAGCCUGUUUACAUUAUGUGGGAAAGUAACUGCCCAAGUAUCAAAUGCAAUUAUGAUGCAAGGGAGGGUAGAGAGUCAAAGAAGAAGCUGAUUGACAAGCCCUUGCAGCAUGUCAAAUGGAAGGGAGGAGAAUGAAGAACGUGGGACUGGCAGUGUUAACUCUUGUUCAGCAAAAAGGAGACUCGCUCAUUAUACUGAUUGGGAAGGAAGCAGGAAGACGUGGGUGAGCACUUAUUCUGCACAAACUGGAGUGCAUAAAAGUUUCAGAGUGAAGGACAAGAUGAUUUCUGCUCUAGUGAUCAUUCAGAUUCUGUUUUGGCAGAGCUCCCUCCCAGUUUGAGAACUGUGGCUCUAAUCACUUAACCCUCCUAGCUUUUUUAAAGGACUUCCUCCGUAUUUGCACCACAUUUUCAGUGGACUUCUGACAAAUAUUUAAGUGAUAGUAGCUUUGACUGACCUUACAUAAAACAUAAAUUUAUAAAUGUGUGUUUUUAUACAGGUUCGAAUGCAAGCCCUGAAAUGCUUUGCAGUUCUAGCCUUUGAAAACCCACAGGUAUCGUUGACUCUCGUAAAUGGUAAGCUGAGCACUUUGCUGUCAAUAUACAGAUUCACAAAGUAAUUGCAAUUUUGCUAAGUAAUUACAAUUUAGUUAAUUCCUGACACUUCCAUUUUCUCAUUUUCAGUGUUGGUUGAAGGAGAACUAUUACCACAGAUUUUUGUGAAGAUGUUACAAAGAGACAAGCCUAUUGAAAUGCAGCUCACAUCAGCCAAAUGGUAAUAUUCUUUAGGCUCAAGAAGGAGUAACACUUCAAAUCCGGCUUCCUCAACCUCAGCCCUCCAGAUGUUUUGAGACUACAAUUCCCAUCAUCCCUGACCACUGGUCCUGCUAGCUAGGGAUCAUGGGAGUUGUAGGCCAAAACAUCUGGAGGGCCAAGGUUGAGGAAGCCUGCUUUAAAUGCUACACAUAUUUACUUGUCACAAGAAAUUAUGAAUACACAACUAUGUCAACCCAUACAGCAAAUUAGCAAAAUCAAAGGGUUGUAUUCCACUCUCACCGUGGGACUGCUCAAGAGGAUCCUCCAAGCCUCUGGAAUAGAUAAGGGUGUGAAGGAGUGCUGAAGGUGGGCAGGAGAGGAAGGGAAAGACUUACUUUUGCAAGCAGAAUUAUGUUCUGCUCACACAACAGCAGCAUUAAAUACCUGGGCAUGCAGAUUGGCCACCUAAUGUGAAGGUUGCAGAUGUUGAUUGUUGUCUAGAUAGCAUGGUAAGGAGUUGGCGAUCUUGGUGCAUGUUGGCACAAUGACAUGGGCAAAUGUAGUUAUGAGGCCCAGGAAGUGAACUUUAGAUUGCUAGGUAGGAUGCUGAUGGUAGCUUUCUCUGAAAUGCUUCUGGAUCCACGCACAGGUGCAAUUUUUCUCCCUCUCAUAACAUUAGAACUCAGGGACAUCUAGUGAAGCUGAAUGUUGCAAAGAGUCAGGACCAACAAAACAAAGUACUUCUUCACAGAGUGCAUAGUUAAACUAUGUAGUUGUGUCCACUUGAUCACUCACACUACUAUGACACUACCAACAGGGGCUCUUGCUCAGUGGUAGAGUAGAAGAUUUACAUGAAGAAAGUUCCAGCUUCAGUAACUGGCAUCUACAGUUAAAGGGGGUAAUGGGAGUGGGCUGUCUCUGCCUAAAGCUCUGGUAGCUCAUUGGUAGUCAGAAUAGACUGUAUGGGCUAGAUGAACAAAUUCUCUGACCUGUUAUAAGCCUUCUAAUGUAAGCCUUCUAAUGAUUUUUUUAAAAAAAUCUCUGUAUAUACUACAUGUGUCAGUUAAUCAGCAUUUUGAUGUUUUAUUGUAGCCUUACUUACAUGUGCAGAGCUGGAGCAAUUCGCACUGAUGAUACCUGCAUUGUGUUAAAGGUAAGUUGAUUAAGCAUAUAGCUGUACUUAGACAAAUUGUGUUUUGCACCAGGGUCUCGCCUAGGAAUUUAGGAAGCACUAAUAAAGCUGUUCCUACUUGGUGGUGAUUAGCAGCUGCUAGUUUUUGGUAGUAUGGUUAUGAAAUAUACACCCUCUUUUCUCUUGACCUCUGUUGGCCUGUCCUUGUUAACCGUAUGGACUGCAGCAAUGUGUUAUGUGUGAAGAGUUUUUUGGAGCGGAAGGGUUUUUUAGUUUUUGUUUUUAAAGUUGCAUAUGCAUCAUCAAUACAACAUACCUUUAUCAGCUUUUCAGGUUUUGACUAAAGUCAAGUUGAUUUAGAAGUUAGUUAGUUCACUAUGCUGAGUACACUGCCUUGGAUGAUGGUUCUGCUGCACAGUUGUUGCCUAUGUGAGAUGCUCUCCAUCCUGGGAAUGGAGCAGCCUUGGGAUCAUACUGAGGAAUUUAGGGUAGAUUGAAUGAUACAAAGGGCAAUUUGAAAAGCAUUUGAUGUUGUAUGGAGAGUAGGUUAUAGCCCUCUUCCAGCAGCUAUUCUGGAUGGUGCCAGAACAUGAACGAAUACCCCUGUUCCUCUGCACUUCACUUACAUUGUUGUACCAGAACAAAAAAUAUGUUCCUUUCUGGGUUCUAUUCACUAGAUCAGGAAUGCGCAGGGUAGUGCAAGAAGAAGAAAAAACUUGUACCAAGCAAAAGGGUGAAGGAGGGGCAAAGUGAUGUAUUCUUCCUCUGCCACUCCACACAGUUUUGUGGUGUUCACAGAAGAAAGGGCUUUCCUUCCUAAUAUGGCUGGAACAGAUCCAUCCUUCUUCCAUCAGCCUAGUCAUCUGUGGCUAGCAGCCCAGUCGUUAAAUUCAAGCCCGUAGUAGAUAAAUCAUGUUUUGUAUCUGUUAAUAUUUAAGGAUUAGUACUUGUCUUGGUGUUGAUUUUGUGAAGGCUCCCUGUAGGAGAGAGAUUACCAUGCAUUCUGGUGUCACUUUAUUUUGUUAUUGCAGGGGAAGUAGAUUGUUUCAGUCCCUAUGACCACUACCAUAAGUGAAUUAUUGACCAGUUUGCUUUUGGAUAACUUUGUUCCAUCUUAGUGCUAAGUCAUUUGGCCUUUAAAUCAUGAAGCUGUGUACGGCAGAUCAAGUAAACCUAAGUGGAUAUUAGACAGUUAAUUUUUUUGCAGGUUCCUAGCUGCAUAUAAAUUUGUAUUGUUUGUACAAGUUACUUUGAUGGUGCAGGAACACUAAUGGCAGUGGCUAUUUUAAAUUUGUACAGAGACUUGUCUAGAUCUCUGCGAAGAUCUAUGCUUAGAAAAUGUCUUUUUUAUCUGAAAGUUGAUCUAAAUGACAAACCUAACAAAUUUCAAAAGCAUGUAUAGAUGAAUUACUUCAAAAUAAUCAUCAUAGUUUUUGUACUUUCCAGACACUACCAUGUUUGGCGCGGAUGUGUAGUAAGGAGAGGCUACUAGAGGAGAGAGUAGAUGGAGCAGAAACUCUUGCCUAUUUGAUUGAAGCAGAUAUUGAGCUACAAAGAAUCGCCAGUAUUACUGACCACCUUAUUGCAAUGCUUGCUGACUACUUCAAAUAUCCAAGUUCAGUGAGUGCCAUCACUGAUAUAAAAAGGGUAUGUCUUCAAUAAAUUUGGAAACUUCCCAAAAGUAUGUGGGGAGAUUGUGUGUGAAAAAUUAAAAUAUAUAGUAGCUAAGCACUCAGUUCUCAUUGAUUGGCUAAUAAUUAGAUGCAAGGAGCUAUAAGAUAUCCCAGUUUUCUUUGUUGCUGUAAUCAAAUGCCUUUUUGUCUGAGUUGUUUGGUGUUGUAAUUAGUACGUUCUUUGUAAGAUCCUAACUGGAUAACUAAACAAAACAGAAUGAGUACUACUUGGGGCAAGACACAGAAUAUAGUCCUAGCUGUAUAAACUGUGAACAGUAUUCACUGGUACAAACGCAGCAAACAUUGACAGGUGCAAAUGUGACUCUAAUAGGUGGUAGCGGAAGGGGCCUAAAAAGUAUAUUGCCCAAGGCUUUGGUUUAUUUCACGCUCUUGUUACUUAGACAUUGGAAAUAGGCACUGUUCUAUCAACAGCCAAAAGACUGCAAUUUAAGUAUAACUUGAAUUUGAUUAUUUUUUUAAUAGCUUGAUCAUGACCUAAAGCAUGCUCAUGAACUGCGCCAGGCUGCAUUCAAGCUCUAUGCUGCACUUGGAGCAAAUGAUGAAGAUAUAAGAAAAAAGGUGAGUCUUGGCGUGAAUGUAUUUUCCAAUACCAAUAGCUUGCAGACAGGAAGUGGUACAGUCCAGUCAAAGCAGUUGCCCUGACCUUCCAGACAAGUACAGUGAUUGUAUGUCCUUGGCAAAAGACUUAGUACACUGAGAUACAGGUUGGUGGUCUUUUUCUUGCUUGUUUAAACUCUACUGAACUUGCUUUCCAUCCUUAGUUAGUCAGCCCCCAGAAUUUUUUGACCUACAGACACUUUCGCAAGACACAUUAAAAAACCCUUCUUUGCUAUUCUACCUUUCCGUAACUUUCUGCAUCAUUAUUGGGCAGGGGUCUAGAUAUAUAUAAGAGUCACCAUUCUUAGCAGCUGAUAGCCAUUCUGCUGUUGUCACUCUUGAAAAGUUGUAUGAAUGUGGAAUCAUACCAUAUCCAGUGAGGUUGGGGUGGGAGAGUACACCCUAAGAAGGGAAAGUAUUUCCAUUGGUGUGCCUCGCUUGUUACUGGUUAAUAUAAUAAUAUCUACAGAAGCUUCUGACACUCAAACAGCAUGCAAAAAAUAACAAAUGAGCAUUGUGAAGAAAGUGUUGCAUUUUCCUAGGUGGUGGAGAACCUUUUGCCUGUGGGAUGUGUCUUUCUUGCAAAGCCUUCCCAGCUGGUCUGCCUCUCUCUUUCUAGGCAUUGCUCCCUCUUUCCAGCCACUGCGCUAUUUCCCUCCAGUUAGCUGAGCAGCACUGUUAGGGAUGCAUUGUGAGGAAAGGAGACAUAAAUCUCCCCUCCCUAAAGUCUCCCUUGGCUGAUAAGUAGGAAACAGUGAUGCAACUGCCUAAGGAGGGAGGGAGGCACUGCUUUUUCAGUGUGUAGUAAUGGAGACAAAGGUGUGUGUGUAUGUGGGUGUAUAUGAAUGUAAGUAAGUAAGUAUUUAAGUAAUUAAGUAGGGUGUAUCCUUACAUACUUUGGUCUCACCCACUGUUGGUAUGUGGCCCUGGGAUCACUUCCCCCUGAGGCAGUGCAGCCCUUAAGGGGAGGUGGAGGGGAUAGGACAGGUUACCAUCCCUGGUAUGGAACAUUACUCUUUCACUAUCUGGGAAAUACUCUGUACACAAAUAGAUAUGUGACUUUGAGGAAGUGAAUUAGGAGACCCUACCACAUUCUUUAGGGACACAGGUGGCGCUGUGGGUUAAACCACAGAGCCUAGGGCUUGCCGAUCAGAAGGUUGGUGGUUCGAAUCCCCUCGACGGGGUGAGCUCCCAUUGCUCGGUCUCUGCUCCUGCCAACCUUGCAGUUCGAAAGCACGUCAAAGUGCAGGUAGAUAAAUAGGUACCGCUCUGGCAGGAAGGUAAACGGCAUUUCUGUGUGCUGCUCUGGUUCACCAGAAGCGGCUUAGUCAUGCUGGCCACAUGACCCGGAAGCUGUACACCGGCUCCCUUGGCCAAUAAAAGCGAGAUGAGUGCCACAACCCCAGAGUCGGCCACGACUGGACUUAAUGGUCAGGGGUCCCUUUACCUUUUUACCACAUUCUUUGCCACAAAGAAAACAUAGUAUAAGUGGUGACCUUUUUGCACGCGUCAAAUUGAUGCCUGACCACAAGCCUGCGGGUCCUUUUGGACCUGGAAGAGGGUGGAACAGGGCAAGGUGGAACUUAUGUCUGCUCCACUGAUGCUCAUGGAAGCCAGGAAUGGAACGCCUAUGCAAAAUGGUUGCAGCCUGUGUCCAAACGUGCUAUUUGCAACAUGAAGUUUUUCAUAUGAAAAGGUGAUGGCUGAAAGGACUGGAGUAAAUUUAUACAAUAUAUGAAAGAACAUUGUAAACAUCUGAAAACGUUUGUAGGUUUGAGUUAAAAUAUUUUGUAAUGUUAAUAUUGGGAGCUGGUUUACAAUUAAUAAGGUAAAUUUUAUUAAGAUAAAAAGAAGGUAAAUAGGUGGUUAUAGAAAUGCUAAGAUGUAAGUGAAUAUUUAUGAAAGCCAGAGAGUGGGAUGGGGGGAAGUCCAAGCUGAGUUUGAGCAAUGUUUUUGGUGAUGAGAUUAUUUAAUGGAUUGUGAUUAUGGUAAAAUGUAAACUUAAUAGAAAAUAUUAUUAAAAAAAGAAAAGGUGAUGGCUGAAAAUAUUCCAAAAAUAUUGUGAAAAUAUUAUACAUAUUAAAAUGUAAAUCUGCAUCACUAAGUGUCAUAGUACAGGUGCGAAACAUUUCCAUCAGAAAUUUCUAUUUUGGGGAAAUAACAUUUUUUUUCCAGUUAACAUUUUUAUAUGUUCUCUGUAGAGUUUAGAAUAUUGAGCUAAAUGUACUAGAUGCCAUGUUCUGUUUUGGAGAUUGAAUUAUUCUACUGCCACAUGUUCCAGCUAACUGAUUUGAUUUCAUAACUUUUCCCUCAGAUAAUUGAAACUGAAAAUAUGAUGGAUCGGAUUGUGAAUGGCUUGUCUGAAUCUAGCAUCAAGGUGCGCUUAGCUGCAGUCAGGUAUGAAGUUACCUUAUGUGAGUAGACUUACAUCCAGGGUGCUUUGCCUUGCUAUUUUUCACUUCAUUAGCUAGGAAAUACAUUGAUUUUAAAACACUUAAAACUACAAAUCCACAAUAACUAUGGCUUGAAAAGCAAGAUGAAUUAAUGUUCAGAUAAUUCUCAGUAAUUUUUGCGUUAUUACCUUUUCUGUAAACAUUUCUCACAAGGUUAUCUGAGGAAUGAAAAUUGUCUUGGAAGUUGGUUGGCUUCAGCACUAAACUUGUUGAAGUAGUAUGGAAGAAGUGGACUUUCUUGCCCUUUCUUCUCUCUGUCUGCCACUCAAAAAGCCUUUCUUAAGGGUUGAGGGACCUGGCUGUAGUGGGUGAAAGGAGGGGGAAUUCCUGAAAAUUGGGUGGCAAUGGCUUCUGAAAACUGAGUUACUGCUGGUAAAAGUUGUCUCUGUCCUCACCCCAUUGAACAGGGAUCCUCUGAACCUUGGAAAAGGCUUCCUUGUAAUUAAUACUACAUUUUUUCUUUUGCAGAUGUUUGCACAGUUUGUCACGAUCCGUGCAGCAGCUCCGAACUAGUUUCCAAGACCAUGCUGUAUGGAAACCUUUAAUGAAGGUAUGUGUAUGCUUGAAAAAUAAUUGUGUUUAUUCUUUAUUAUAUAAGUUGACAGCUUCAGAAGGGCUCACUGUCAACUGAUUGAAACUGACAGCAAGCCUUGAUUGCCACUGAACAAUCAGGAGUGUACUUUACUACGAUAUUAUGAAAUAAAGGUCGGCGGUUUGAAUCCCCGCAAUGGGGUGAGCUCCCAUUGCUCCGUCCCUGCUCCUGCCAACCUAGCAGUUCGAAAGCACAUCAGAGUGCAAGUAGAUAAAUAGGUACCGCUCCGGCGGGAAGGUAAACGGCGUUUCCGUGUGCUGCUCUGGUUCUCCAGAAGUGGCUUAGUCAUGCUGGCCACAUGACCCAGAAGCUGUACGCCGGCUCCCUUGGCCAAUAAAGCAAGAUGAGUGCUGCAACCCCAGAGUCGGUCACGACUGGACCUAAUGGUCAGGGGUCCCUUUACCUUUACCUUAUAAAACAAUAAAAAUGCAAUAUAUAAAACCAGGUAAAACAGUUCUGAAAAAGUAGUCAGAGACUGCUUGCAAAUCAAAGCAUCCUUCUGAGAAAGCCUAUAGAAAUAGCUUUUCUGCAUUGGAUGAAAUCUGGAUAAUGUCAGAGCCUGUGUAACUCAAAUUGGCAGUGGGGUCCAUAAAACAGUGCUUUUCUACACUGCCAUCAUGGAAUAAGCCUCCAGUGCGUGUGUCACCACAAGGAGGGCUCCAAUGCAUGACCACAGUGAAGGGGUAGGUAUAUUGCGGGGGUGGGUGGGAAUGAUCUCUCAGAUAAUGCUGGUCCUAAGUUGUUUAAAGCUUUAUACACUAGCAGUAAAACUUUAAAUUUGACCUAGUAACAUGCUAGCAGCAAGUUCAGGUCUUUUAACUGAUAUUAAUUUGUUGAUGGAAGUCAACCCUGGCCUGGCCACAAGGGCACUGCCACGUUCUGUGGUAGCUGCAGUUUUCAGACCAAAUGUAAGGGCAGGCCCACAUAGAACACAUGGUUACCAGUGCAUGGACUGCUGCUGCCAAGCUAUCCCUGUCCAGGAAUGGUCAUAACUGAUGCAUCAGCCAAAGCUAGUAAAAAGACAUCCUGGUCACCGAGGCUAUUUGAGCCUCCAAUGACAAUAAUAGAUCAAGGAGUACAGUAUUCCCAGACUAACAUACCUGAAUAUUCAGGUGAGGUGCAGCCCUAUCCAAAACAGAUAACUUACCUGUAUUUUGGACAGUGGAACUACGCACUUGCAAGUCCCCCAUCUUCAGCUUCAGGUGAGGUGCAGCCCACAAUCAGGUCUAGACUCUGCACUAUAAUAAUAGUGUUGUUUUCCUUCCAUCUCUCCUUAGGUUUUACAGAAUGCUCCAGAUGAAAUCUUAGUGGUAGCAUCUUCCACUCUAUGCAAUCUUCUCUUGGAAUUUUCUCCAAGCAAAGAGGUUUGGUUUUUUUAACCAGAAAAAUAUAUUGGUGUUAUGUUCUUUUUAUGACAUAAAAAGUCUGUCCUGAAUCAACAGGCACUGGACUGAUGUGGAUAGAGUUCUUUCUUGGGAUUUGAAGUCUUUGUGGUCCUUUCCAGUUUUGAUUUCCAACUGUAGAAGUAUUUUUUCUCAAAGCCCUGAUUUACCAGGCUGUUCAGCACCUGGAAUAAUGCUGCUAAAUAUAAUUUAAUGGAUGACAUGGCACUGCUCGCAUGUAGGACCCUGGCAGAGACACGUGCCCGACUGGCACGUUCUCUCCCUCCUGGUCGGUCGUUCAGGAGCUUCAAAAGCUUUCUCCAGACCGAACAUCACAGCGACGGAUGUCAAGAGGCAUCGGCAUUCUUUGGAACCAGCAGAGUAUUAGCAGUCUGCGUAACAAACACAGCAGCACAGCAUUUUGGCUAAUUACUUUAUUUACAUAUAAUACACUUGGAGCAUUCUGACUUAGCUCCUUUCUCUUUCUCAUCAGACAGCAAAGAGAGAGAACAAAGAACAAUAGUCCCACAUCACGGAAACACAGUAAACCAAACAUCCUGUCUCCGUCACUUCCCACGCUGUGGAAUGAAAACAUACACCGUCAUGUGAUAAAACAAUCCCAUGACUGCAAACACGAAGCAAGAAUCCUAACAGUUCUCUGGUAGUCUACCCACCUGCUUCAGCUACAUUUAUAUCAUGAGUGAUAUCCAUCAUUAGCCAUACUCUUCACAGGCCCAUCAAAAUAAAUGAACUUAAAGUCACUUAAAUUUAUUUCAAUUGAUCUACUCUUAGCACAACUUAGUUGGUUAUCACCCCAUAGUGGUACCUCGGGUUACAGAUGCUUCAGGUUAUAGACUCUGCUAACCCAGAAAUAGUACCUUGUUUUAAGAACUUUGCUUCAGGAUGAGAACAGAAAUCGCACGGCGGCAGCGGGAGGCUCCAUUAGCUAAAGUGGUACGUCAGGUUAAGAACAAUUUCAGGUUAAGAACGGACCUCCAGAACAAAUUUAAGUUCUUAACCUGAGGUACCACUGUAUUUUUAAGCUGUGUGAUAAAUCUUCAAACUGCAAGUAAACAACUUAAAAACCAGUGUGCAUUUUAUGGAUUGGCACCUAAAAGUAGCAUAAUUGUAUAUGCAUGUAUGGCAAAUUUAUAACUGAGUUAUAAAAAAAUGAUUGUGGUUUUGUUUGUUUUGUUUUUGUCCUGAUAGCCUAUUUUAGAAUCAGGAGCCAUAGAACUUCUCUGUAGUUUAACCCAGAGCGACAAUCUUGCCUUGAGGGUGAAUGGAGUUUGGGCUUUAAUGGUAAGAAUUAAUGUUAAUCCGAUAGCUAUGGCUGCACCCUGUUUCCUUUCCCCAAGAUGACACCACAAUUAUAUUGAAAAUGGGAUCAGUGGGAAAAUCUUAAACUAAAAGUCUUGUUGAGCCCUAGGAUGUUUUCAAGGAUAUGGAGAAACUUGCUUGCUGUUCCUUGUACAUUCCUUGUGCAUUAUAAUUGUUUCUAUGUAUGUAGCAGAUUGCAACAGUCUUUGUAAUGAAAUUGUGUCCUUUUGUGGAAAAAAAUGGGAUGAUUAUUUUUUAUCUAUUGUCUUUAGAAUAUGGCAUUUCAAGCAGAACAGAAGAUCAAAGCAGACAUCUUACGAGGCUUGAGUACAGAGCAAUUAUUCCAGUUACUCUCCGAUUCUGAUGUAAAUGUACUAAUGAAGACAUUGGGACUACUUAGAAAUCUUUUGUCUACUCGCCCGGUAAGUAAAAUAAUGAAACAGCAUUUUGAUUUUUUUUUUAAAAAAGUAUUAGUGGACAGUUCCUUUAAAUUGAUAUCACUUAUAUGGUUACAUACACCUGGCACUGGAGUGAGGUCACAGCACUCACCUUCACCACAGCUUGAGAAUAGUUCUUGAUCAACCUACAAUAUAAAGAAAGCCAUGGCAAUGACUAGAGCAAAGUGUUUCCUAAAUCCCUAGUACCACAUCCUCUGAGCCUUGUGGAGUAAAAGCUUCCUCAGCUGAAAGUAAUAAACAGAGGGAUCAUUCUUGCAAGAUGCUGUAUUUUGUGAAUCAGGCUGUAAAGACAAAUAUCUUUAUCUUUAAAGGAAGUCAAUCUUUGACUUGUUACAUAUCCAUGGUAGAGACUGUGGAAAUAUUGGUAGAAUGCUGAAAAAUAGCACAAAUUGUUGUUGAACUGGUACAUGAUCUUAAUUGACACACCAAAUUACACAUGAUUAUUGCUCAUUUGGAUCAUUCAUGGAAUGUUGGUGUUGAGAGGGAUCUUAAAAGUACAGUAGUUAAACAGAAAAAUUAUUUUUAGGUAUGGGAAUAAAAGUUCCCACAGGCUACUCUUUAUGAAAUUAUCCAGAUUAGUUUUAAAACUUUAUAAGCAAUGAGCUGGAUUCAACCAAAUCCUUGUGUUAGCAGGAGCCAGCACGAUGAGUCUUACUAGCACAGCUGAGCUUUCCCUCUCUCGGUUCCACCUGCUCCCCACCCCACACCCCCUGGUUCUUGGAGGGUCAGGAGAACCCCUAGAGCAGCACACGGGGGAAGAAGACAGGAGACUGCUCCAUCAGGAAAACAGAAAUGCUUGCCUUGAGGAAUUGAUCUCCUUGGCUAUACUUAGAAUGGCACCCAAUACCUCCAGAUCUGACUAAUUGGAUUGUGAGAAAUUUUAUUCUUUAAACGAAGUGCAACUUAAACUUUAGGAAUGGCAUUCUGAACUUUACUCAGAGUAGACUUGUUGAAAUUAAUGGCUGUUACUUAGUCAUGAUCAUUUCAGUGGGUCUGCUGAAUAAAAUUUUUUUGUGUACCACCUUUAUAUAUCCCUUUUAAAGUCAUCUCCUUUAACCUAAAAAAACUCAUUGGCUUCUAGAAAGCUGUUCUGUGUAAUGAUCCCACUUUUAAAUUUGACCAGUUUCUAGGAGAAGUUUCUAAUUCCUUUGAUUUGUUAAAUGUACUUUGUAGGAUUUGUUUGACGGUAGAGGGAUGUGGUUUUCCAGCAUUAUUAACAUUUCCUUAUGAUAAUCCUUGCCAAAUACACUAACUGCAGCCUCCGCAUCAAGCACGAGGGAAGCCCAGCCUCGAGUACAUGUGCAAUAAAAACUCUGUUAUGGCGGGUUUUUUUGUAAAAAAAAAAAUAGUAAUUUGUCUGACUUUAAAAAAACUGGUUAUUUGCUAAUGCUAUAUUUUGAAACUUGGCAGCACAUAGAUCAGAUAAUAAGUACUCAUGGGAAGCAAAUCAUGCAAGCAGUGACCCUCAUUUUGGAAGGAGAGCACAAUGUAGAAGUCAAAGAACAGGUAUGCAUUGUUUGUAUUGAUCAUACAUAUAUAACAUAAUAGGCAGGAUGGUGUAUACCUUUGCUGAAUAAAGAAAUAUUAUGUCUAGAAAACCUGGAUUUGGUGAGCAUUCUAAGGAUGUUUGCACAAAUCUUAUUGGUAACUUCCUGACAUGCGGACCUUGAAGGUGAAGAUUUAAGGGUUCUGAAGAGUUCCUCAUCCUUCUUAAGAAAAAAAUAUCCCACAGGCAAAAUUUCUAAAACUGACAUACAUGUUGCCAGGGAAAUGUUGAGACAGCAGAAGGAAAUAAGCAGGUUGAUGCUUUUAGCUCGCUGGGGCAGGAAGUUAAGAAAGAAAGCAGUGUGCUAAUAAACCUAGUAAAAAUAACAAAACUCUGCAGUGAUUUAUAGAGCUAUAGGGAGAGAUGUGAGGAAGGAGGGAGGCCUAAGGCAAGCCCUGAUGAUAGUUGCAAGGGACAAAGGGACAGGGAGCAAGUUCCCUCUCUACCUUUUCGCCCUGAACCCAUUGGGGGGGCUGGCAAGGGGUCUCUGGAGGAGGUGUAAAAUAGUGUGCUCGCCCCAGGACAAGAUCUCACACUAAGUUACUUUUAGGAACACUGUGUGGCCUCAGUUAAGUAACUACUGAAACUGUCAUUAUAACUUUGCAAUUGACUUCUUUUUCAAGGCCUUUUAUUGCUGUCCUCCCCUUUCCCCCCUCCAGACGUUAUGUAUACUUGCCAACAUAGCAGAUGGAACAACAGCUAAAGAACUUAUUAUGACAAAUGAUGACAUCUUGCAAAAAAUAAAAUAUUACAUGGUAUGUAAUUUCAUUGAACAGGCGUUUCUGCCAUAUACAAAAUCCUAUGCAUAGGGGCCACAACUCAGUGUUACCUUCUGUAUGUGAUCUAACAUAAUCAGUGGCAUCUCCCAUCUAAAAGGCUCUCUGAUAGUACUUGAAAGCACUAUCUGAGACUGGAUAGCUGCUGCUAGUUCAAAUAGUGAUUCGGGUAGCUGGGUCUGACAUACUACAAGACAGCUUCAUAUGUUCAGUUAAAAAGGUGGGUUUUCUACCUUUUUAAUAGUUCAGAGUGAAAUACUGAUUUUCUUUGUGGCUCUCAUUUAGUUGCACAAUAGGAACUUAACAGCUGUCUGCAGAAUUUUCCAUAGCACAAGAUGCACCCUCUUAAUAAUGUCUUUCCUCCUCUUGAAGGGCAGUAGUACCCUCCUUACGCUGUGAAUGUUGUUUCUGAUUGCUUGAAGGGUGGUAAUUUUGAGAGAAACAACACAUUUUUAAACAUUUAAUUCUAAUAUAUAAACCCCUUUCUGUUCAUGCUUAGAGUCAUUCGAAUGCUAAACUUCAGCUGGCUGCCAUGUUUUGUGUAUCUAAUCUUAUAUGGAAUGAAGAAGAAGGUAAAAUAUACUUAUCUGUGUUGUCCCUAAAAUGUUUUUCAAACCUUGUAUAUUACUUCCAGAGGUGUAGGGAAACCCCUUGAAAGACUCUUAAUUUCACAGGGGGGGGGGGGAGCCCCCAAUUUAGCCUAUGUAAGAUGAAACAAAGCUAGGCUGUUUAGCAUGUGGAAUUCAUUUUCAUCUCAGUAUGGAGAUGAGUAGAUUAAAAGAAAGGUAAAGUGAACAACCAUAUUCACCUUCCCUCGAUACCAAGGGAAGUUAUGAAGACAUACUGACUGGGGAAAAAUUAAAGUAAUGUGGAAAUGCCAGUAGCUAAAUUAUGACUGAAACAUGAAACAUCUUGAGGUGAAGAAAUCAAGAUGUUGAGUCAUAUUUGCACUGUCUUCAAAAAAUGGAAGUGUUGCAAAUCAGCCAUUCAUGUUAAGAUUUUCAUCAGGGCCACCAAAUGCUGCAUACAAGCAGAGGCUGAUUUGCAGCAGCAAAAUUCUUUCUGAUAUAAAUCUGCUCACAGGAGUAUGUAGCACUAAGUAGUUCCAUUGCAUUGUCUCCAGUGCUGCAGUUGUGCACAGAGCAAACUUCCCUUUCCUCUUCUCGGUGCUGCAGAGCGAGGAGGAGAGGAAGGGAAGGUCCUUUUGCAUAGAUGGAACUCUACUCAUGCAGGGUUAGAUACAGCACAAUAUUGAGAUCCACAUAUGAAAGCAUUGCAAUAGAGUUUAUAUACAUCACUAUGCAAUUGAUAAUUUGAACCACUCAUUUGGGGGUUUUUUUAUAACAAAGUCUUCAAGAGAACUUGUGCAUCUGGCUUGAGAGCAGUACACGUGAAAAGGAUCUAGGAGUCUUGUUUGACCACAAACUUGACAUGAGGCAACAGUGUGACGCGGCAGCUAAAAAAGCCAAUGCAAUUCUGGGCUGCAUCAAUAGGAGUAUAGUAUCUAGAUCAAGGGAAGUAAUAGUGCCACUGUAUUCUGCUCUGGUGAGACCUCACCUGGAUACUGUGUCCAGUUCUGGGCACCACAGUUCAAGAAGGACACUGACAAACUGGAACGUGUCCAGAGGAGGGCAACCAAAUUGGUCAAAGGCCUGGAAACGAUGCCUUAUGAGGAACAGCUAAGGGAGCUGGGCAUGUUUAGCCUGGAGAAGAGGAGGUUAAGGGGUGAUAUGGUAGCCAUGUUCAAAUAUAUAAAAGGAUGUCACAUAGAGGAGGGAGAAAGGUUGUUUUCUGCUGCUCCAGAGAAGCGGACACGGAGCAAUGGAUCCAAACUACAAGAAAGAAGAUUCCACCUAAACAUUAGGAAGAACUUCCUGACAGUAAGAGCUGUUUGACAGUGGAAUUUGCUGCCAAGGAGUGUGGUGGAGUCUCCUUCUUUGGAGGUCUUUAAGCAGAGGCUUGACAACCAUAUGUCAGGAGUGCUCUGAUGGUGUUUCCUGCUUGGCAGGGGGUUGGACUCGAUGGCCCUUGUGGUCUCUUCCAACUCUAUGAUUCUAUGAUUCUAUGAUCAGCAAAUCAAUAUCAGCAGAACAUCAACAUAAAAAAUCAAAAUUGUUUUAGAUUACCAGCACAUGUAAUGUGUGAUGUUCCUGUCUUGCUCUUCUAUGUAUCUGUGCUAGGAUUGCUCACAUUAAGUCACAUAUAAGACACAUUAGUUAAAUAUAGGAAAUGCUUUCUACAGAAUUAUUGUAUAGUUGAAUUUGGACAUUGUAGUAUUAUUGGCUUGAAAUUUUUUUGUUAAAUAGGAAUUAUCAAGAAUUAUCCUUCAUUAUUACAUCAGCAAUGAUCAUAUAUGCCAAAUACUGGAGAUUAGAAAAAAAUACCUAAAUUAGAAGCAUGGAAUAGCUAUUGUUUAUUGGAAGAGUAAAAUGCAUUUCUAUUUCUUAAUUUUUUUAUAUUACACCUUCCUCCAAGAAGCUGUUGAUCACUUAUUUCAUUUACUGUAAUCAACUGUCAAGUGUGUAUGGAAAUUAAUAAUACUGUAAGUUUCUAAUUCUCAAAGUCAGUAAACUGCAACUGCAAAAUGUACAAUCCUCCUAGUUGGCCCAGUGGCACAGAUCUAGUUUAUCUCCUUUGGAAGGGAGUUUCAGAAAUAAGGGGCUGCCACUAGAAGGUCCUGCAUUCUAGUACUGAUUUGCCUAAUUGAUGGUGACAUUAAAGAAGGUCCUCAUCUCCUAAUCCUCAUUCACAUAGUGAACACACGGGAUAAGAUACUGCAUUUUUGUGUGUGCAUAUGGGAGCUGGAGCUAAGUGGUAUUCUGGCUGUAAGAAUUCUUUACAUAGGAUUGUAUUACAUUCCUUGCAACUUUUUAGUUGUUCUUGACAAACCGCAUGGAACAUAUCAUUAACAAUAUGCAGUGUUUUUGUCUUAGGUUCCCAAGACCGUCAAGAUAAACUCAGAGAUAUUGGAAUAGUAGAUAUUCUACACAAAUUGAGUCAGUCAUCAGAUCCAAAUCUUUGUGAUAAGUAAGUAUAAAACUAUUCCAAAACCAAAUUUUAUGGUGUUUGGUAACUUUUAAAACUCAUUGCAGUGGUCUAUGUAGAUAAGAUUAGAUACUUGGACUUGACUGUGCAGAGCUUUUAGUGAAAAUGCACUUCUUGUAAAUGGGAUAUUGUUACUGUUUAUUUUCCUGCAAACCUUAGAGUUGCCCCUUGUCUUUCAAAAAUAGUUUAAUCAACAGGUCUGAAAUAUCACAGGAGAUUUAACUUUGAUUUCAUACCCUACAGGGACAAGUUCUCCAUGGGAGUUUGGGCUUUUCCUCUUUCAAACAAAGGCUGAAAUUUAUAUACCUUUCUGGCAUGUCUUUAUGCCUCCACAAACUGAAAAUGGGCAGUGCAAAUUAUUAAAGGGUGAUCUAAAAGCCUGCUUUAUUGGAAGUAUCCCUUUCUAUUAUUCCUCUAUUUAUCAUAUUUAACGUUGGAUUCCUAAAGCAGUCACUUGCUUGAAAUACUAUUGGGAUUCUUGGUUUAUAGUUGUUGAUUUCAAUCCAAAACAAACUUUUAAGGAAACACAUAAUUUUUUGGACAAGCCAUUAGAGAAUUUCAGAAGAAAUGUUGAUUAAUUUUGUGAGAAACUUCAUUGACUCAGUUUUCCACUACUGCAGUUGGCUAUUUGCAUAGUGCCACUGUUAAAGAUCCUGUAUUUUAUAAGUGUGCUUUUGUCAUCCCAGUGGCUGACGGGUGUUUUUCCUUACAGGGCAAAGACGGCACUCCAGCAGUACCUUGCAUGAUCAAAGACAAGUCGAACUGUCCGUACAACUCUCAAAGCUAUAUAAUAAGGAAUAACGGGAAAUAGCCGCACCUAAUUCCUUAUCUUUUGCACAAGGCACCUUGGGCUGCGUUUCUCUCAGGUGCAGGGAGCUGCUUGGCAGGAGCAGUUUAAGUGAUCAGGUCUCCAAUGCACUUGAGGACUUUUUUGAGGUAGUUCCUUUACUCAGAGGACUCUUCUGGGAUUAUUUUCCUGAGCUACCUGAACUCUACUAGAACAAUCAGUCAUGUUUUUUCCUUUGGGCCUACAAUUUUCUGCUUAUACCACAGCCAGUUGUGGCUGUGUCUGGGUGGGUGUGAUACCUCAGAGCUUUUGUUUUCCUUUUUGUGUUUUUUCUACAGAUUUUCAAGGGUUAACCAUUCUUUGCUGUAUGAAAACUUUAAAGAAUUAUAUACGAUUUGAAUUGAAAUGUUAUUUAAAAAGUUUUGUCCCAUGAAGUUUAUUUUGAUCAGAUGAAUGUUUUUAAGUAAAAUAUAUGCAUUUGUUAAACCUCAGCUUAAUGUACCUGUACUUCCUCUUUUGAAACAAAAUGAAGUGACAUCUAGAUGACUGGUAGCACAUGUAAUGUGACUAACGCUAGCCUCCUACUGCCGUGUGUUACUAGCACCAGCUCCCUGGACUUGGGAAAGCAAAAUUCAGAGAACCCAAGGUGGAGCCUUAAGUACACUUGACACCAAGGUUGAAUUUGUGGAAAUCAUACCUGCUGGGUUACCCAGCAAGAAAAAAUACAGUCCCCGUGCCAGUGCCAUUGCUGCCUCAGAGAAAUUACACUUGUUAAAAAAGCUCUGCGUUGUUCUUAGAUGACUUGAAGCUGUGAUGGUAGAUUGAUUAAAGUAAAAAACAACAACUGGCGGCUGCUGUUUGAAACCGUGCAGUGAUGAACGUGAGAGGACAACCCCACAGAAGAUCUGCGUGAAAAACAGACACCAAAUCUUUUUACUUUUUUAUUUUUCCAGAAGUGCAUGAUGAUGGGACAAAACGCUUCCUCCAGCAAAAGUACAAAAUGAUUAGUAGGAUGUUUUCAAUUCUGCAAAAAUGCUUACUAUCUUUUUCAGGCCUCUUGGUUCACCAGUAAGUUUUCUGUGGGCUCAGUCCAAAGUUUUUUUUCAUGUCAAGGGACAAGAGAACCAGUCAGAGGCUAAUCUCAUUUCACUCACCAGCUUUGGUCAUCCCAAACUUUUAUUUAUAAUUAAUAACUAGGCACAUCACAUUUAUAGUCAAAGCAAAGGUUAGAGUUUGGGCUUCUGGCUGGGAAGGUUAAUAAACUGAAAGGAGGCUACAAAACAACACCAGAAUUUUUAUAUAAGUCUUUAAUGUAUUGCUUUACUCUGAAAGGCAAGUAAUAGUGAUUUCAGGGAUAGUAGUAAGUGAUGCCAUUUCUCAGUGUCAUUGCUACAAGCUUGUUGGGGUUGGACUUCUGCAGGUCUGCACGGUGUGUGCCUACCUGCCAACUAGUACCUCAGAAAUAAAGCCUUAUUUAAGUCAUUAACGUGAUUGUAGCCUUAAUAAUACUGAGAAAAAUCACUUCCUUGUCGGGUUUGUCCAAAGCCACUCCCUAGAAAUAAAGGGGUGGGAAGAAGGGAAGGCUCCCUUAGCCUGGCUGCUGCUUUUGCACUCUGGAUUAUUAUUACACCUGCACUUCCGAUAUUGCUGUCAUGCCUCCAUCACUCAUAUGCAUAUCCAUUUACUUUGAAAUAUAGAUAUGCCUAAAACUGUGUUGAAUACAGCUGAGAUGUGCAAAUUUUCAUCUUCACACUUGAAGGUUGCUUUUUAAUAGUGUGGCCCGAUAUGUGCGAGAAGGAUAUAAACUAUGCUAAGACAAUCUGGGUAAUGUUGGGGAAAGGUGGGUGAAAUAUUAGGAUGGUAGGUGAUAAUGAAGUGGCAUUUUGCACUCAGUGAAGCAUUGUGAAUACUUUUUUGAUGUUGCUAUAAAUAUGUACAAAUAGAAAACACUGUAAAUAAAAAAUGACCUUUUACUGGAGAACAUAUUUAAAAUGACUUGGCCCUAUUGAUAUGGUUUUUUUCCUGACUUGAAGGAAAGAUUACAGUCUUAGGAAAGGCAGUCAAACUCAGCUAUACACUUAGUCUCUUAGACAACUAUUCUAAGGAUAACUAGCUUCAUCUCAAAUUCUUCUAAAUGUCAUGAUGUUCGGGGUCAUAAAACUACAAGUUGACACACAGAGUGAAAAUUAUUGCUUUUUACUUUAAAUGCUUUGUUCAUAGUUGCUGAGAAACUAGGACUCACAAUUGUGUAAAUCUCUUCAUGAUUUGGGGUGGGGAAAUGCUUUGAAUGCUUGGGGAGUGCUGUAAUGUAGGACAGUGUUAAAAAACAGAGUUUUAUUCAUGUCGCAAAGCUGUUCAUAUUCGUUCUCGGUGCCUUUUUUCUGGGGGUACACAGGGGUACGCAUACCCUUAACACUUUGUGAAUCUUUGCACUUUUGUCCAUUUACUGUAUUUAUUUUUCCCUAUUUGAACUAUAAAAUGGUGAUUUUCUUGAGUCAAAA